ACUGAAUGCAUCACGAGCGUCAAACCUCCACCCCUCGAGGAAGCCGGAGCGACAUCCAUUAGACUGGUUGGACUCUCAGAGGUGCAGCGAAGCCUCCUCACAGUCUGAAACAACCUCACUUAACAGUCCGCCGGCCCGCCACGCAGAGCUCCAGCCGGGUUCGGUGAUCUCUGCGCGGGAUUUUCUCCUCCAUCAGGACCGGGGGAGAGAUGCGACGUCUCGGAGGAGGAGGAGGAGACGAACUGGCCAGGCAACAGCAACAGACACCUGAGAGGAAGAUCUGAGUUUGUUUCUUCAACGUCAAAGCGAGGUAAGCACCAAAGUGAAAAGAAAGCUAGUUUCCCGGACUGUUUUAGUGUUCAGCUCGGGUUUGGUGCAGGUAAGGGGCUGGACUGUGGUGCGUUUCCGUGUUAUUGUCGUUUCCAGCAUCAGUGGAAGGAAGACGGUAUGAGUCAUAGCCCCGGUGCAGGGCUGCUGCUGCUGCUGCUGGAGGAGCAGCUGAGGAGCAAAGUGUCUGCAGCCUCCAGAGCCACAGAGUGCUGUAUCAGCCGCUGCACAUGCAAAGACCUGCUCCUCCCUGCUCUUUAAUCAAAUGACCCUUUUCUUUGUGUGUGUGUGUGUGUGUGUGUGUGUGUGUGUGUGGAGGAGAAGAGCUGAGCUGCUCACUGCUUGUUUGUGGCACGAGUGUGUAUGUGUGUGGGUGUGUGUGCACGUGUGAGAUCGUGACAUCAUGAUUCACCUGGUUGGAGUGAAUGAAGCAGAAAUCAGUAAGUCUGCUUUCUACUCUAACUACUUUAGUGCAGCUGUUUCUUCUUCUUAAAGGUUAAUUUUCAUCCUAAAAACACACAGAUUUUAAGAUGAAUGAGUGCUUGUUGCGCCAGUUUUCAGUUUUGUUGUACGCAUUGUACGCGUUGUACGCAUUCGGCAGGAGAGUCGUAGAGAGUAGCUGUGAUGACGCUCAACUCAAACAGCAUGUUCCCUGGGCGAGCUACGCAAUCUUUGUACGCCCAUAGGCUGUAUCAAGUGUCAAUCAUAGAAAACUUGAACCCCCUAAUAACUUUUAAAAAUGAAGCUGUACAGAAAAAAGAGGACUUGAGCACAAACUAGUGUUACAAUAACUACAUGUCGGCAUCGCAAGUAGGGGGGAGAAAAAUGUAUAUUCUGUGUAGUUAGUUUCUAAAGUUUGUCCACAGCUCCAUAAGCUUUGCUGGUGGAGGCAGGAUUUAUGAACUAAACUGCAGCACGUCACCAGAGGGCGCUGUUCUCGGAGUGGCUUCACCCAGCUAGGAAGCAGACGCUGUCCAUUCUAUAUAAAUACCAAAAGGCUGCUCACACCCCUCCCUAGCAAGUGCAGCCUGUAUGACAAAUUAACUGUCACUGCUAACCAGCCCCGGUGGUCCUACAACCAGCCCGGCCCACCGGGAAAUGUCCCAAUUCUCCCGAUCAGCCACUAAAUCCAGCAUUUUCAUGUAGGUUAGUGUGAAUAUGUGGACGUGUAAAACCACCAUGAAACAAUCAGAGAAUCACUUCUCAUCUUCAUAUUCUAUACUGGUGCUUUCUCACUUCACUGUAUCUCUUAUUAAUCGACCACCGCUCCUGGCUCUGUCAUGUUUCACCUCUUGAAUGCCUCUACUUCCAUCAGUACUGAACAAUAGCAACUCUAGACAGAGAUAGGUAUGAAGUAAGAUGACUCAGUCGCAAGCUACUUCAGGCACACAUUGUGUACUGCUAGUAGUUUGCCAUGUGUUGGAUUCAAGAUGGUGGUCAAGUUGGGGCCACUUAGGGGUUGCCUGCACACUGAUGUUGGGGAGUUAGAGGGAUCAUUCUUGGGUGAUCCACAUUGGCUGACUUGGACAGAGAGUGGUGCUCUAAAUGGACAUAGAUCCUUGUUAAUUAUCUAACUUUUAGAUAGAGUCCUCGGCUCAGCAUGGAUCCAUCUGUUUCAGAGCUAAAUAAUGCACAAAGGUAGAGGUACAUGCUAACAUACAGGGGCGUGUCAGACCUUUUUGACUGGGGUGCCCUAACCCGAGCUCUGACACUGCUGGGGUGGCCUAAAUUAGGUGAACCUGCACACCAAUUAAUAACAGUUUUUAGUGCAUAUGUGAUGUACCACCAACGAUGAUGUUUAUUUCAACACAGAUCUUAUGUCUGACCAGGCAAUAAGCCAAAUAAGAUGAUUUUUAGAGUUUUUCUAUACAAUAUUCAGUUUAUUUUCAAACUCUUUGAUUUGUUCAAAGUACUUUUGAAAGAUAAAAACUAAAUCAAAACUAAGGAAAAGUUCUAAACCUCAGUUGGUUUUUAGCAUUUCAUAACUUUUUAAGUGUUUUGAUGUUCCUUUCCCAACUUCUUUGAAACAUGCUGCAGGAUGCACAUUUCCAGGUGUGAAAACGGUCUGUGACUACAUCUUAAAAUUUUAAGUCUUCUCAAGAAAAUUGUGAACUGAUGAUUGCAUGGCAAGAUCUUAUGAGUCACCAACAGAGCUAAACAGAUUUUUGUUUUGGAUGAUUUCAGUGAAGAUGACUCGCAGAGGAGGAGGAGGAGGAGGGUUUUCUGGUAAACUGCGUCAGGACAGGAAUGGUUGAGGAGUUACGGUGAGGGAAAGUGCUUUUGCAACAAUGCUGCAAUUCAGAUAAUUUCUUAUUUGCUAGUACUAAUAUCUGCGUUACCAAAACACGUGUUUGGUGGCACCUACGAUAACAGACAAUAGACUGAAAUCUCUGUGUGUCUUUGGUUAUUUAGUUUGUUACCAAUCAAAUCUAUUUGCUUGUGGUAGUCGUUCUUUCAGACGUCCCCUCGAAUGAUUGAUGGUAUUUUCAAAUCCUCACAUAAGUAUCUGACGUUGUGAUGGUAAUACAUAUCAUUCCACAGGCAGGCUCACAUGUUGAUUCAUAAAUCAGUCAGUACUCAAAGAUAAAGCAGUGGAGGUAAUUAGUAAAGCAGGCGUUAUUGGUGAUGAACUCCGUGUCCCCUGAGCUGCUGGCAGCUUCAUUGUUUUAUGUCUCGAGCAUCAAUCUAGGCUGAAACCUCACUGACAAACUCAUAAUGGAAAUUACAGAUUACAUUGAGCUUGUGGGUUGUUAUCUUUGCUGGUUUUUAUUACACACUGAAGGAAUAAAUUUACUCAGGAUUGCUUUUCAUUUGUCAGUUUCUUUAUAGGAAGACAAAUUAAUCAAUAAAGAGAAAGCUCAAGUUAAGACAUCAACAGUUUUUCAUUCUCUUCCCCUUUUUGUGCCUGAUGCUGCUUUUAAAGCCCUGAGGAAACAUAACCUGGCAUUGAAACAAUCUUGAGUUGGGAUAAUUGAUGUCAUGAAGUAGGAAAAACCUUUUUUUUUCUUUUUCCUAGAAUAAAUGAAAGUAGCAGCUCAUAGUAAACGCAACAACAAAAGCUUGUCAGUUGGAUCACAUGUUUGACAACCCAGAGUACAUAGUUUUCUCCAGUUUAUUAUCAAUCUUUUUCAUUUUAGCUGACUUGAUAACCAGGAGAAGAAUUUUUGAUUAUUUUAUAUCUGGAUCAAAAGAAGGGAUGUUCCAAAAGAACUUACGCCCUUGUUAUUCGAAUGGAGAUUUAUAGCUGGCUAAUCUAAAGUAAGAAAACACUUACAACUGGGGAUGGGUAACUUGGGCUAAAACAUUUAUCACGAUAAGAUUUUCCAUUCUGGCGAUAACGAUAAAAGACCCGAUAAAAAAUAUUAUAAUUCCCAUCUAUAUUUUUGACUCCUUUUGUCUUGAGAACACCAGUUGAAGUAGUCAAAUAAGAUACUCAACCAAAAGUUUAAGUGGUAGGUUAUGGAGAAAACUAAUGACAUCAAACAAGUCUCAAAUGUGAAAACAUUUUCAACAUUUAUUAAAAACUCUUAUUGCACAGAGUGAACAGCAGCAGAUCUACUGUCCGAUGUCAGGCAUACCUAACUGCGCUCAUUUAAGCCCCAAUCUUGAAGGAAAUCCCUCAUGUGGAGCCUGGUUCAGUCACGAGCUGCUCAGAAACGUCUUCUUCUUUACCUUCGGCCAUGUUUGUUUGUUAUUCUGCUCUGUGUGGGCUAUGGCUGCGAGUCUGUCGCUCGCGCUUACGUCAUCAACUUGAAUUUAUCAUAUUUAUCAUGAGAUAUUUAUCAUGGAGGAUUCUUCCGACAAUAUAUCAAGAAUCAUAAUUUAUCGCCCAUCUCUACUUACAACGUAGUAAAAAUUUAGCACAUUUUUUUCUUAUGGUGAAACAAAGAACUUCAGACUCUAUUCAGAUUGCUUUGCAGGCUAACAUUAAUCGUGCUAGCACCACUGAUUUGUCACCAUAGUAGUCACACAUUUGUUUCUGGAGCAGAUUAUUGAAGCUUACUCUUAAAUAGUUCACUUCCUGCACAGUGGGUGCUGCCGGAGCCCUGAGCUAUUCAGGACAUAAACUGUAAACAUAUUUUGCUUAGUGUGUAUGUGACAGCCUCAAAUGGGCACUCAGGAAACUGCAAUUUUUAUCACUUCCUAUCUGCUUCAUUCUUCGAGACCAGAGGUUUCCACUUGGUCUAAAUGCACACAGCUCUAGUCAUCUGUAGGUUAUCAGAGAACAAGGCUGUACUAUGCAAAGCUGCUGUAUUGAACUGCAGAUAAUUCAGCUCCUGUUGAAACACUCUUGACUGAUAAAGGAUGGAAACCUGAACCCAGAACAAGCUCAUCACCUGGAAGUGAGCUGAUGACAGGUCAGAUUGCAGCUCACCCUGGGACCAAAGACUACCGCUGGAGAAAUACAUGGUUCAUGAAUUAAAGCUACUUAAUAUAAACCGCUUGUUUUGAGGAGAGGGAGUAGUAAAACCAGUGAGUGACUAACCGUGAUGGGUCAUUUUGAGGCUUGGUUUGUACCAAGAUUAAAAUCCAUCUAGUUGGCUGAUUCGCUGAUCAAAAUACUACUAAUCAAAAGCAGAAUUAAGCAUAAAUCAGAUGAUCUUAAAUCAAACAAAAUAUUCAUGAGCUAGAGAUAUUGAUUUAAACCCCAGUCAUGACUGAGAGAUCAAUGCUCUGUUGGUGUAAGUUGAUGUCUUGUCAGGCCUUCAAAACAUCUAGAAACAUCCCUGAGUGAGUCUAUUCAACAUUUUCACAAGAGGACAUGUAAAUAAGAAAAAAUAAAACAAAGAAUUUUCACAGAAGAAAUAUUUCUGAGGGAACAGCUGUUGAGAUGAACUUUUCACACAAACACUCCUUAAGAACUCACUUUCUUCUUUGAUCAUUCAUAAUUUAUCACACAGAAAAUCUUCGUCUCUUCCUCCAUCCCUGGAAUCAGAGUCAAUCUGUCUAUGUUGAGUCGCGUGGACCUCUCUUGCCAUUGUCAUUAGUGUCCCGAGAAGUUGCCGUAGUUUCCAUGGUGAUGUUUGAACAACCAGUUGUACUUUUGAGGUUCAUCCAGAGAGAGUUUCAGCCUGUAAGAAGACAGGAGAGCUGUUUGUCUGUGAUGAUUCCCUCUGACCUUUUAGCUCGGGGACAGCUCUCUCUCACCACUGUGCCCUUUUCCUCUCACUCCCUGUCUUUCUCUGUCUGUGUCUCCUCCUCCUCCUGACACCCACCUGCGGAGUAUUAACCACAGCCAGCAGGACUCAGCCUUCCUAAGAUGAUUAAUGCAUAGAUAAGAUUACCACCUCAUAGCACAGCACAUACUGCGGUGAUACUCAUCUCCAGGUCAGGUGUAGUGUGUGUGUGUUUGCUCUUAAUUUGCGAUCCACAGCACUCAGUUUGUGUGGUGGAGUAUUUUCUGGCAGCAGUAGUCUGCUUGUAUUAAUCUGUAGAGAUAAUUGGAUCCUCGUAAACUCCAUUUGCAGUAAACCUAAACGCUCAAAAUUUGAAUGAAACACUAAAACUGGGAUUGUGAAUAUCACCCUUCUUUCAGAUUCUCUGUUUAGUCAGUUGUGUUUUGUUUGAAGCUCUUUGUAGUGUUUUGCGGUUGUAGUCUUGUGGCGUGAGAAAGAGAUGGAGUGACACAUUUAGGUUAACAACUUGAUCUCCAGUGUCUCGCGCAGUGCAGCCAGUCAGUCGAUAUAACUUACAGUCAGAUAAACAUGAGAGAGAAGAAGAGAAAGAGAGGAUCUUAAAGACAGAGGAUGAUGAUGAGGCACUUUUUAUACCUUUUUUCAUCAUCUAAAUAGUCAGCUGCUUCCUAUGCACCAAACCGACUGAGGUAUUUUAUUGUGUUAAAGUAUAUUACCCAGCAGAUGGUGUGCAAAGAAGCAACCGAUGGCUUUGAUGCUAAAGCAUGCUUGGAUACAUAAUAAGGAAGUUGAGGGCUGCAGUCCCACAUUAUAAUUUAUUUUAUUUAUUUUAUCUCAGUGGAUUGUAAUCCAGAAAAUGUUGGUAUUCUCUUUAAACUUCCAAUACCACAUUUUAACUCUACUACAGCAUUGGUAGCAGACCAUACUAGAAGAGCGUCACAGUUGCACAGAAACAGCACGUUGUUGUAUAGUUCAGACCCUUCACGCUGGUGUGGUUUACAAUCUAGAUUCCAUGUUCAGUAAAGGAGCUUCUGUAGUUGUUGAAACAAGGUGAAAAAAGAUGUCACCUUUUCCUCAUCAUUGUGAAAUAAUGUAUGAUCCUCACCCUCGCUUUUAUCCCUCACAUUCUUAUUUAUUUUUUAUUUUAUUUUUACUCUUUUCCAGAACCAUCCACUUCCUUUACUGGCAGCUACACAAUGAUUUUCAUUUGGAAACAUGUAUGUAUAAGUCCUAACAGUGCAAACACAAAAUGCACACUGACCGAGUAGUAAUACAUUUUGACAGUAGGGCUGGGCGAUAUGGCUUCAAAUCAGUAUUACGAUAUAUUGAGCAGUUCACCUUGACAAACCAGUUGAUGCUAAGUGCUGAUCUGAUCAUUGAUUAAAAAAUGGUUUAUUUGUAAAUUCAGAAUAAAUAGUCCCUCAGUUUUGACAGUGACUAGUGCUUCUGUUAUGAACAGUAUUAUUACCAGCCAACUCACAAUUUGAAAAUGACAUUACACUUGAGACCUUCAUCAAUGGCAAAGCCUGAACAUUGUCCUGCUUUACUGUGAUAAAUCAAAAGUAUUACUAAGAUCGGAUUAGUUAGUCAUUAGUCUUAGAUGAUGAGAUCUCAGGAUUAGCAGCUUUCUUUCCGUGUUUUCUGUAGGAAGUAACAGCAUCACCUGUCUCCUUCCCUGUUACGUUAAAGUCUUUAAACAUUUUCCUCUUCCUCAACCAUCAGCUCUUUGUGUGAUUGAACAUCAUCACACUAAUUUCUGCAGUCUUCCCAACUCUUGUCUUCACUGGCAGCUCACCAAUCUAAAGUUUUGUCUUCUCCAAAUUUGUUUAGGGUGAAAUAAAAAAUAUCCUCCAAGUUGUUUAAUGAUGUUAUACCACACCAUCAUCAGGCAGGAGUGAAAUUUCCAACUCCUUUCGUUUGAGUGAUUUUAAUAUGUGUCAAUCAUGAGUGUGAUCUGAUUCUCCGUAAUACCCCCCUUGUUAUUCACUAAUAAUUAGCUGUUGUGAAGGAGUUUUGACUUGCCAGAUUCAGCUGGAUAUAAGACAGGAAAUAAUGUUUUCACCACGUAAUGUAUCCAGCAGAGAGCGCCUUGACUCCAUAGGUCACCAUACUCUCUGCACUGUCUGCAGCACACGUUGCAGAGCAGACAUCUUAUUUAAGAGUAUUUAAUAAGAAGUCAGUCCAGUACAAUAAUUCACCAUAUCAGUGACAUAAUCUCUUGUUAUUUUCUUGGUAUUUUAUUGGCUGGGUGAACAGGUUGGGAGACUGAUGCUCUCAACUUGCCCCUUACCAUCAUGAGAGGUUUUGCCUCUGACGUCCUAAGAUAAGACAUCCCACGCUUGAGAGUGAGAUACGUUCAAAUGUCUAAUUGAUGUACUAAUGCAAAGCAGUGAGACGUAAAGCUUCACUCAUCCUGAAACGGUCCUCAGAGCGGUUAUUGUAACUGCUUGUAUCUUGUUUAUUUUCCAAUCAUCCCUGGGAGGCUUAUUGAAUUCUUAACAGGAAAGUUAGAGGCAUCAUCUGCAUACCCACUGACCGUGGAUUAAUAAGAUGAAAAUAAUUACAUCUUUAUAUCACUGCCAAGAAAACAGCGAUGGACCAAACACAGUCUGUGCUCUUUCUUCUCCAGCUCUCAUCUUUCCGUCACUGGCUCAUGUGGUAUACUUCUUUUUUACAGGAUUAAUUAUUCAACUCUUUUUCUCUGUUCUGUCUGUAUAUUUCAGGUUGUUCACCUCCUCUCACAUGAGGGCUUUCUAUCCUUGCUGGAUGAGAAUAAUUCAGACUCUUUCCAUUGUGCCUGCAGUCUGCUUGAACAGACAAGGUGGUGUUUUCGAGUAAUAUAGUCCUUGAUGUAAAGACAGAAGUGGCAGAACCUCUCCAGACGACAUUUUUGACUUCUGCGCAUUCUCGGGAAGAUCUGUAUUUUUACUGCUACAUAUAUAUUUUUACUUUUUGGUAAUCUUGACUUCACAGGGGAAAGUAUAAGAUUAUUUUCUCCAUGUUUCACAUUCCUGGAUAUCAAAACUACAGCAAGUUCUAAGAUGUUUAAAUGGGUCUAGCUACACCUGCUCUUUGUUUCAAGUAAUAUUGCAGAAUAGAAGUUAACUGAUUCAUGGAAAUAUGGGCUUUUACAACCAGUUCAUAAAAAAACCCCUCAAAACUAAAGUUUAACAAUCAGGACUGUGAAACAGAGCACCUCUCAUUCCCUUAUUGACAGUAACUGUCUCUUAAAAUAGAAUAGUCAUACAGUCAUUUUGUGACUUCAUAGUCAUGAUCCUUAAGACUGGUUGCCGGUGUAAAGGUGGCCAAGAAAAAAUUUCAAAGUAAACAUCAAUAUUGUUAUCAAACUGCAUUAUUUUAAACAACAUAACAGAGUUUAUAUCAAAAGCGAGCCAGUGACUGUCUACGAUACGCUGUCUAAGAGUGUCCUGAUACGAUAUUAAUAUCAGAUAUCGGUCUGACAUCUGCAGAAUAAGGAAUAUCGGAUUAUAUCUGUCUGCAUCCAAAAUCUCAGAUAUCAGCACUCUGAUACAAGCAGUCGAUUUCAGACUCCGCUCUGGCACCUCUAUCUGGCAGCACCCGGAUCCUGCAUGCAGAUCCUAUGUAAUCACAACAACAUGAGAAAGUAGCAAGGAGUAGGAGUGAUGUCUGCCGUGUUUUCAGUAUUUUUCAUUUAACUCAGAAAAAGAUGUUGCAGCUGAGUGUAAAACUUGUCAUGCACAAGUUUGCGCUAAUAUCGGAUCACUAUCGGUAUUGGCCAAUACUGAAGGCUACAAUAUCGGUAUCAUAUCGAAAAUAAAAAAGUUGUAUCGGGACACCCCUAAUGCUGCCAGACGAGUUUUUUCAUUGGGAAAGAUACCGACCUUGUGAGGGUUAGAGGUUCAGUCACCUAAACUAAGGGAGAUAUCAAACUAUGGCUGGUAGAAAACAUACCGAGAGAAAAUCCAGGGUCCUGAGAGGUUACCUUUAAUUAACCCUCUCUUGAAUCACUGUGCUGUCUGAAUCCUGUGCCUGUGUUUUCAGAAAGUCUUUAUUUUUCUGUUAAUCAGACUUUAUAUGUGCUGUAAAAGGAAGAAGCAGCUCGGAAACUAAUUGAAACCUGUUAAUAAUUCAUGUGAGAAGCAGCUGAAUACAUCUUGUAUCCAUCGAAAGUACACUCGUGGGAGUGCUCAGAGGGUGUGUGUGUGCUUGUAACUUUUAAUUUAUGUCAUGUUUAGCUGAAUGUCCCUCAAGAUGCACUUACGAGACCAUUUCACCAGCAGAUAUGGACAUCUGUAAUAUGAAUGACAUUCAGGCUGCCAUUUUCCAGCACUAGUUUGAGCUUUCCUCCGAGCCCUGUCCUGGAAUACAACAGCGAUGUGAACAAAGGCAAUUUCCAACUUACGAGUUCAAUAGAAAUGGAUAAAUUUUUGAUAACUUUAAACUGGGACUUCUCAAUUAUGGGCUAAAUCAUUACUUUACUCUGCCGCUGCUAUUAUGAUGCUUGACUCUUUUACUUAUUAAAAUAUUUGUGUCAUUUUCAAGCUUCGGCUCAUUAGUGUUUCUGAGUUUUAUUAAAUUAAUCAGGUCCCUUGAGGUGUGUGUUUUAGAUGAUUUCUGAAGCAGAAAUGGAAAAGCAGAAAUUUUCAGUCAGUCAAUCAGUGUUUUGAUUUUUCUUCAGUUGUAAAACACAGAGCAGUCUGCUUUUAAGAAUAGUCUGAAACUAACGGUAUCAGACUAUUCUCCACCUUAAAGGUCCAACUUUGUAAAUUUUAUUUUUUCUUGAUAUUUUUCGCUACCUUCCCUCUCUCUGUUUCUCUCCAGCUGAGCGCUUGAUCUGCAGAGGGCUUGUUGUUGGGAAAUCUUCAAGGGCAAACUUUGCUUGUUCUGGUUCAAGUGGAGCUUGUGAGAGUAGAGUGUGAGAGGGGCAGAAAGUGGGAUGUACCCGGGAUGAAUGAAACUCAGCGAACGAGAUGAGGAUAAAGUGAAAGAAUAAAAGUUUUUCGAGAAUGCUGUAGACAUCCACCUGGAAGAAGCAGAUGAACUGCACUCUGCUGUCAGUGGCAUAUAAUUUACAGUAUAUUUGACUGUUCAAAUAAAGCAAGGGGAGAUUCGUAUCAUGAAAUGGCAUCAGCAGAGAAACAACACCCACUGCUUUGUCAGUAGCAAUGAGUUACGUUACAGCAGCUAAUUGUGUUACAAGAGUACUGCCAUUAAAUAGUACUGCGCUACAUCCAUGGAUCACUUACAAAUAGGGCUGGGCUAUAAAACGAUUAUGAUUUAUAUUGAAAAUUGAUUUCCAUCAAUAUCAAUAUAAAACAUGGUCAAUAUGCUUUUCGAUAGAUGGCAUGUUUUGGUAGACUAUACAAAUAGCCAGUGAAAAGAAGAGUUGCUCUAGGGCUGCUUCGCUCUGAACCAAUCAUGUGCUGAAUUAGAACCAGGUAGCAAACAACUGCAUAGAAGCAGUGCUACCCCUGGCAGAAAUGCUGAUGAAGACUCAACAGAUGAUGACAUCGUUGACAACACUGGUACGAAAACGUCAGUAUUUUGGUUUUUUGAGGUCAGACAUGAAGCAGAGUAAUAUGCACUGCAAAUUAUGUCGAGUACGUGUUCUCUCAAAGUCGGAAAAUACCUCAAAUCUCUUUCAACACCUGAAGCAGCGCCACACGGCAGAGCACACGCAAUGCAAAAGGUUACAAACCCCGAGCGGAGCAAGGAGCCCAUGGUGCCUGUGCAGCCGAAACAGCUGACCAUUUAGUCUGCUUUCUCUAGUGCAACGCCUUACGACAAAACAUUGAAGAGACACAAAGACCUCAUAGUAUUGUAGUGAAAAAGACAUGCUACCAAUAAACACUGUUAUAUUUAAUUUAAGAGUAACAUUUAAGAUAGACAAAUGAUUUUUAUAUAUCGUGGUAAACUUUUCCCAUAUCGCCCAGCCCUACUUACAAAUAAAAGGGAAGCAUGAAAUUUCUCUUGGAUGACCAAAAAUGAAAAACUCUUAAGUCCCAAUCCUAAAAUAGAGAUUUUGCCAAUGACUGUUGAAAUUUAAAACCGAGGGAUAAGAGGCGAAUUUAUUGAGAAUGAUUUAAUCAAGACAGCAGAUCUUGUUUUUCGAGCCUUGUUUGAUUUUGUUGCUCAUAAAGUGAAGUCAAUAUCAAUUUCACUCUUUUCAUAAUGAGCCAAAAACCCUCACAGCGCAUUUGAAAAACACACCUCAUUCAUGGUGUUGUUAAACAGAACCGGAAAAACGUGUGUCAUGCAUCCAUGCAGAGUCGAUCUUUGCAGAAUAAAUAGAGGAAAAUUGACAUGAAGUGAUGUGUGAACAUGGAUCAGAAAUCAAGGAAUGAAAAUGGUCAUGCAGAUUUGUUCUUAGAUGGAAUAUCCUGAGAUGGAUGGAUGGAGGAAGGAGCAUUAUGUCUUUGAAAAAUCUAAGCGAUAUCAUAUGUUAUUUUGCGGACCUGUCUCGAAAUUUAUCACUCCGAAAGAAGCCAACACUUAAAAUCCUGAGAGCUGAUGGUUCAGACAGCAGCAAGGUUUGGCUGAGAGUAUUUUUAAUGUGGAGACUAUCUGCUGAAAGAAAAACCUGUUGUGAGUAUUCAUCUUAUCCACAGCCAGAGACAGAGGGAGGUUUAAUGCACAAGAAAGAGGGAGUGACAAAGACAAGAAAAAGAAAAAAAUGCAAAGAGAGGGAGGAAAGGCUAGUUGCCUGGUGACGGAGGCAGAAGGAGAGAAAGGAGCGAGAAGGCGAAGAAGGGAGAGAAAACGAGGAGGAGGAGGAGGAGAGGUGCAGAGUUUUUUUUUUUUUUUUUUUUUCUAAGUGCAAAGAGUUACUGGUCACGAUGCUACAUCUGCUGCUGCCAUCCCUCCUACUGUGCUCACUCGCUCCCUCAGAGGACGGAGAGGAGGUGUUGGCUCUUAAUUUUAUUAUCUUGUGUAUUACUGAAUGAUUAAUGGUUUUAAUUGCUGCAAAUGAAGGCGUGUGUCUCUGAACUUGGAGUCCAAAUCAGAUUUGGCAUUUUAGACUGCAGUCAGAGAGUUUUGCAAAGGCAGCAUCAAGAUUGGGUUGAAAACUUUGUCCAGUUAAAUCAAGUUACCCGUAUGUGCAAAAUACUAUCGGCAAUACACACUUCACAAUUGUGUUUUUCAGAAGUGUGUAACAUGGAUGUGCAUUUGUAGUUCCCCAAGUGGUUAAACAUUGUCACUCUAGCUUGUUUGCAUUAUCAUGGUACAGUCUGUCUGUAUUUUGAUCCAGAAAAUGGAGAUAAAACUCUGUAUUGGCUGUAUCUGAUUUAAAUGGCAUAAAACUCCGACCAGCGCAAUGAAGAACCAGCACAGGCAAACACUUUGCAAACCACUGUGACCAUCUUGGCCUGUGGACUCUGUGAUCCUGUGGAUGGAUAACUUGAUCACAAGGAUUUCUAAACCUACAUAAUGACUGAUUUUUAUAACAAUGCAUCUAAGAUCUGUUUCUUCAGUUACUCAGUUUAAUUUUCAGACAUCUCUUUAUAGAGGUCAAGGAAUAACCCUCAAGAUCACUCUCUGCAGGAGCUGGGAUACUCUCACUGCUGUGUGCAUUCUGCCUGCUUUUGCUCUCCACAGAUCCUGUUUUGGGUGAUAUGAACUAAAAAUGGGUCCUCCCGUUUUUUUUAUUUAAUUUAUUUGAGUUUUAUUUAUUGUUUGUUUAUUUUUUCUUUUCAUUUAAUUUUUUUAUUUAUUUAGUUAGUUAGUUAGUUAGUGUGUGGGGGGUGGGGGGUUAACACAAAACCUGAUUCACUUUCCCUCCCUAAAAUAAAACUACAAACCACGAAGACAUGACUUUCAAACCUGAGGUCCUUCUGCGAAACCAACCAGGUUCCAAUUGACUGAUGAGACUCAGCCUUUUUCAAGAGAAACCCCUUACUCGUGCUUGCAGCCAUGUUGUUGUUGUUGUUGUUGUUGUGUAAAUCUUUCUCUGCAAGAAGUGAAACUUAACCCCCCACAUUUUUUUUCUUUUAUUGAAUCUUUUUUACAUGUAGUUGAGAUAUUUUGAAGGUUUUAACAUCUUUAAGCUCCUAUGAGUAGUUUUUGGUAAUGGUGAAAUUCAUCAUAAUACUUAUGAUCUAAAAAUCUAACAAGAUCAUCAGUGACAAGAUUGAUGGUUUUUAUUUUUUAUCUAUGAAUGUCUGAAACUGAUGUGAAGGGGUAGGUGUCACCUGAGUAGCUGAAGAAACAGCUCUGUCUUUAUAAAUCCCACUUAAAAUAUUCACAACUAAUGAUACAUUUGACUGUCAAAAAUCAGCAUGAUGAGAUUUUUGUCAGAAGACACGAUUAAAGCAAGUAGAGGACAAGAUAAGCAAAGACUGCUUUCACCACACAGGGGCGCCAAAAUCUGCAAAAACUUAAAGUUCCUCACUGGAGCUUUAAUAUUUUAUUCACUGUCAAAUGCAUUUCAUCUGUUUCAAGAGUCUCUGUGCUGAAAUGACCGAAAAACUCUUAACUAUGUUUUACUCAGAGAACCAAACCCUCAGUUUUGUGGAAAAUCAAGUUUUCUUCUAUCACUGAUAUUUUCACAGUGGUGGAACAGCUUUUUAUGAUUCAAAGUGCAUUUGAAUUAUCCAACUCCCUCUGCUCUUUUGCAUUAUUAACCGUUCAGAUAUCAAUGUCUUACAGAGUAGGGGAACAUGCUAACAUCAAUCACUUAUUAAAGUCAAUGAGAUGCACUGAAUGGUUUGAAGGGGAGAUUCAUUAUUUAUGGUCGUGGUCGAUAAGACCUGAAGCCAGGGGGUCAUUACAGCUCUCACCCAUACAUCUAUGCUGGAGAGGAGAUUAAUCUAUUUAGUCUUUUUUGAUUCCUUCUGUUGUGUUGCUGGAAGUAUUUUUUUAGCUGCUAAGGUGCUUGUGUUUAUUUAUUGCUCAGUUUUGUACAUGUUGAAUGAUAAUAUAGGCUUCAGACGGAUAUUUCUGAGUAAUUUCAGAGAUUUGAUAAAAGAUAAUUAACUUUUUUUCUCUUUUUGCACGUGUACAUGUUUCCACUAUUUCACUAUCAUCUUAAUUUUAGGUUUUCUUCUGCUUCUCUCAUCCCUCUUUAUACUUUCCCUCGUUUUUUCUUCUCUGCUGUCUUCCAAACCUCCUCCUCAAAGCCCAUCUUCCCUCCCUGAUACAUCACAUCUUGUCCUCUAACUCAUUUCCCUCCUUCUUCCCUUGUUCUAAUCUCCUCCUCCUUACGCUCCUCAUUCAGGGACCGGCGACUGUUUCCCCCCGUGCUUCAGCUGAUGUGAUUAUCAUCAUUAUCAGUCAAACAGAGGCAUCUCUUCCUCUCUCACAUUCAAAAAUACCAGCAGGGUGUGCGACAUGAGCGCAUGAUGCAAGACAACUCGCAAAAACACAGAUCUUUUUCAUCUGGCCUUUAUUCUGGCGGCUGAAUGCUAACACCUCGCUGCGCCACACAAUCACACAGAUGCACGCACACAUACACACACACAAACAGGCAAUAUGGAGGCUGGAGACUCAUGCAUUUUUAACCUCAAGUGUUUUUGUCAGCCUGUUCAUCUCCUCUUCAUCCAUGCUUACCUUUUUUUUUUACUUUAGAUUUCUGACUUCAGUAUCACACACCCCUUUGGCAUUCAUCUGUCUUUAAACCAGAGCUAGCGAUUGAAUGAGACUAUUUCAGAUGAAAAGAACAGUAUUGAUAGUUAGUACAAAGAUUAGAUGUGAAAAGACAAGGUUUUAUAGUGAACUUGUAAAUACUUUUGGUCUUACAGGAGGAAAGGCAAACACAAGAAUAAGUGUAGAGAUGGAGUUUGUGUAGGGAGGGAGUCUGUUUUAAUGGUGGGGCUUAACAACAGGCUGCAGUGGUGUCUGAAGAAAAUAAAAACUCAUCCUUCUAACAUUUGACAGUUCAAUGAAUCAUUAAUUUUGAGUUUUGUAUGUGGGAAUUGUAAAAAGGGGGCUGUUAAUUCAGCUGACUGGCUGAAACCUACUCUCUCACAGUAUUUUCAGGCAUUAAAAAUUACGGUACAAAAACCAUCCCUCUCGUCACUAAUGAUCUUAAUAACUUUUGGAUAUCACUAAAAGGUUUCAAAAUGAAUUUAAAAUGUUUAACCAGCAUUCUAGGAAAAUUAAAACUCCCUUCAAAUAGCUGCAGUGAAGGAGACUCUCCAGGCACCGCCAACGCCAAGAAUCAGAGCGAUUUUUUAAUCCUUUAAACGCAGCAUCUGUCGCUGACAUCUUCACAGAUUUCUGGGAUCAGUGACGAAUUAAUUUAUUAGCCGCGGAGUAAAGCGGUGAUGUUCAGCUAAAACACAAUAAGGUUAUUUGAUCAGUAACUGAAACUUGUGCUCCCAGAUGGAGGUCUGUGUGGACUGUGAAAAACACGACAAUAUGACAUGAUGAUCAGCUGUCCAGCUACAACUGUGUCUAUUGUUCAGUCAGGACACAGUGAGCGCUCACUGACUCACACUCUGUCUAAACUGAUAAUACCUGCUCAGUUUGUGGGAAACAGUGUGAUGAUGUCAAUGCAGAGGCGACACAAACAAGAUUUCGUAACCUAAACAUGAGCUUUUGGAUUUUAUCAAACUUGAAGCUGGAUCCAGCCAAAUUAUGUGACGACUAUCAAGAAAGAAUUACACUUAAUGAUUUGGAAUAGAAAACAGGUGUUAAAUCUACAUCUCGUUUCUUGAGAAAAGACUCUCUUAAAGAGAUAUUCUGGUGUAAAAUUAAGUUGGGGUCAAACACACCGUUACACUGAGUUAGACACCCCGUCACAUAGAGAGCACCUAACUUCAUCAACAGUACAUAUAGGGUCCCAGUCAUAGUACUAGCCACCAAACAUCUUUUUAGCUUUGUUAAAUUUUUUUUUAGCAAAGAGACUAAACACAGCUCACCUACUCUCUUCCAGCAGCCGCUUGUUUGUAGCGAGACCCUGGGCAAGUCCAUCGAAUGCAGCGGGGGGACGCAGCUCAAGGAAGACCGAGACGCUCAUUAAUAUGAUGAUUAUUACUUCAAGGAAAAGAUAAAGUAAUGAUCAUAAAUGCUCUUCCUUAAGCUGCUUGCCCAGGGUCUCGAAAUCAGGCAAAGCUAAAAAGAUGUUUGGUGGCUAGUGCUUUGGCUGUGACCCUGUAUGUCCUGUUGAUGAAGUUAGAUGCUGUUCUGAGCAUUAUUUGUGGCUAUAAAGUGGUGUUUUGGUUGCGUGCGUGGCUCUCUGUAUUGCUAUUGUUCGGUCGUUACUAAAGUUGGUAUAACUAGAGAAGCAAGCAGUCGGCAACAUCUCUUGUCGGGCUGACUGAGUCGGUGUUACGGUGUGUUUGACUCAAACUUAUUUUACGUCGGAACAUCCCUUUAAUAUUCAAAUCUGAUUAUGUUGUGAAAUAUGUCCUUUUUUAGUCAGCCUUGGUGUGUUUUUCUGUUUUUUUUUUAACUUUUCUAAUACUGACAAAAUCACAUAAUUCUUUGGACUCAAAGUGUAUGGUCAUCUUCCAGCCACCUGCAUCUAGCCAGGGCUAACACUGCUUUACUUCUAUAUGCCCUAUAAUGUGGAUAUAAAAAAACUGAGUUUUUCUCAUAGUAGUUGGAUAGUUGGAAUUUAAAUUUCUGUUUCGACUACUGACAAAUUAACCGCUUCAGAACGACCAGAACGCAGAUCUGCAAUAAGCACCAAUCACAAAUCUAAGGACGGUCAUGAACCAGCUGCUUGUAUGUGUAUCAACUUUUAAGGUGCACUCUUACCUGGUCAACACCUAAUCUGCUUUUGUCAUCACUGCACAAGAAAAAAAAAUCUAAGAAUGACCACUCAUCCUCCUCCUCCUUCUUCUUCUGUUUGCUUCUCUGCUGGGAUUUGAACCCAUGACCUUUCACUUACAAACUGUCAUGACUUUAACUUUGAGGGGAAAAAGGCCCGGUUGUCGUUUUCUGCUGAGUGUCUCUCCCAGGGUAAACAGUUUAAACAGGACAUUCCUGCUGCUGUGUAAUAAAAGCUGCAUGACUGCCAGCUCAGCUAAGACUACAGAUGUUGGUGCAGAAGAGCUGAAGUGGUCGAAAUAGUCGUUUUUAGCGGUUUAUUUAGAGCUUUCGUUGGCUGUUGGAUGAGUACAAAUUUACGUCUUGUUUUCGUGACAAGGACAAAUUUACAGUAACUAACUGUAAAUGAAGAGGUCUUCAAUGUUAUCCAGUCUUUACAUAGGCAAAUAUUGCAGUUUUAAUUAGAUCCACAGGCUUGGAUGUAUAAAUUUUUAAUGGUUGUUGCAAAUGCAUGUUCGAAGUUUGAAACCCUUAUUUUCUAACACAGACUUUGCCCAUUGGGACUUUGAGCAUCAACCAAUUACUGCAAGAUGUCGAGUGGUGGAAGAAAGAGCAGAUAAGUAAGGAGGUGAUGUACUAGAGGUGCCCAACUAUCUGCGUAAAGAAAAUACGUUGAUAAGUAGCUGCCGCUGGUUAAAAAUCAGGGGGCAAAAUCCAGGGGUACAAGACAUCACCAUAACACGACAGAAAUAUUAAAGUACAAAACAAUACUUUAUCUUUGUGAGAAACAUGACUUAAUGAGUCUUGUCUUUCACCAAAUAACACCAACAUUUAGAGCAUUUAACACAGCUAGAUAACAUAACAAGGUCAUCUUCAAAUGCUUGUCCAUGCCAGGAGUUUUAAAGGUUGAUUUUUUCCUUUUUUGUCAUUCCCUCUUCUGGGUCUUUAAAUCUCACUACAUUCUUUUCUCUUCAUUAUUUUUUGUUUUUGCGUGGGAUGGCAGGUUAACAUGGAAUCAAUCAGACUUCUUUGUGUGUUAGAAAUUAGAUGUAGACAAUGUGGUCAGCGCUGCACCCUCAGAAAGGUCUGCAGUGCAGAGCAGACCCUGGAAUGAGUAUUUGACCAAUUAGAAACCACUUUGCACAAACACAGGCAGGUAAUGAACGGAGGAAAUGCAGGUAAAAUGUUUUAAAGUGGACAUAAAGUGAUUUGUGUUCACACUGUGUCUCAGGCCUGUUAGGUUUUAUUAUUAGCAGUUAUGAAAUACACACACACACAAACACACACACACAGAAAGACAUGCACACAAGACGACACUCAGAAUUCCCACCAUUGACAUUCUGUGGUUAAAAUUUAUAACAGCAAUAACGGUUGUAUGACCUGUGGGCCCUGAUAAAGUGAAGCUAUAGCUGUGUGUGUAUCUAUGUUAUGAGCGUCGGGGUUCGCUGGGAGUUUGUAUCCACCCCUCUGUCAGAUGUGCAUCUUUGUUGCAUACCAGUGAGACCCAUCCAAUAUAUUAACACAAUUAAUUUUAAGUGCUUCUUUCUGGUUCACUGGGAAUCGAAACAAUUGCUGUCCCCACUCGUAGCACAUCAAAGUCAGAGCGGAUUGGUUUGGACCUCGCUACCCUUUUCACAUUCAGCUAAUGUUGGUGGAGGGAUUGUAAAUGUUUCCCAGCGUCCCUGCUGCUGUCAGGGGUAGUUCAGUGCUGCUGCUGAUGCUGACAUGGAGAGACAGAAAACACAUGCGUGUGCAAGUCUGUUCAUGCAGAUGCAAGAAUAUUCAGGGUUUUUUUCUGUUGUUGUUGUGAUUGGCUUAUUUCUUGGUCCAGCAAGUUUCAUAUCUGUACCUCCCCUCAGAACAUUUACCUAUUAAACAAAUGAUGUGCAGCAGAAUGAAAGAGUGAUGUGUGCAUGUUAUAUAGACCUCAAUGUGCCACUGAUACCAACAUGUUCUCUUCAGCGCUUUUCAGAGUAGAGCUGCAUGAUAUUAGAAAAAUACUGUUAUAAUUUUUUCUUUAUGUAAUGUAUAUUGCACCUUGCCUAAUGGGGGAUAUGUAAAAUUACUUUAACCAAAACAUGUUCAAGUAUCAUGAUGACAGUCAUCUGCAAAUCUGAGGACAUGACGCCUCUCAUAUCGACUUGCAUUCAUUUUUAUAUUAAACAAAUAAAAGCGGGGAGAGGAAACAGCGCUGUGGUGAACCGGUAGAAGAAAGAAUACAAUCAGAUAAAACACCAUUAACCCCUUACGCUUUGAUUAAUUAGUUAGUGUUAUGAAUACUUUUUAGCUUAUAUGCUUAAAGGUGUGGUUGGACACGGUUUGAAGCUGAGGAGAAAUCAAUGAACAGUGUUUCUGCUUCCUCAAGGUGGAAGUUUCUUUCACUGUUUGUAAACCAGAGGAAGUUUUGUAAUAUCUGCUUGUAAGUUGGUUCCUUCCUUUUCACUCAAGAUACGGUGAUACAGCCAGAAGAGGAGUGAAGGAAUCACCUUCAACUCCAUGGUGUGAAGGUGGAUAUUGUCAUGUUAUUGCCUUUACAAUUCCACUAUCUGUAUUUUUAAAUUAUAUUAUUUGUUUUAUAAUGACAAUAUAUAACAUUGAGUUUUUAGAGUCAGAACUGCUUUUGAUGGCAUUUUAUUUACCUAUGAUUAACAGUCAUUUUAUACUAGAUUUUGAUCCACAUUCCUGAAUUCAAGUCCGGUUUUAUGAAUUGAAAACUUUUUUAAAUUUUAACUAAUCUAGUUUGGUCUAAAACAAUCUGUAAAUAAUUGUUGGACCUUUGAGCAUUUCCCUGUGUUUCUUACAAACAGGUUAAAUUAGAAAGAGCAGGAAGAGUCACACUUGACUCUGAUUUCCAUUUUUACACUCUUGUAGAAGAUAAAGUGCUCCUCUGAAAGCUAAAUCACUACAAACAUUCAUUUGUUUCCAUUACAGCCAGGCUACCUUCCAGUCAAACAUAAUGCAUCCUUAUCCUCAGGUCUUGUGCAGUUUGUCUUCAGUGAGCUGACGUAGAGUCUGAGUUAAGGGUCCCCAUGAGAACCAUGAAGUAUGUCUCUCACGAGAGGCUACAUGUUCAUUAGGUCAAGCCUAAUGAACGGAAGUGAUGAAUGUUUUGAACUAUAGGGUAAAAACUUCAUUAACAUAUAUCACACCAAAGUUGUGCAGUUCACACUAAUUCAACUCUAUCUGGUUCUCAUUUAUUCCCGAUGAUUUGAUGUGACAGAGGUGCUAUAAAACUAGAUGAGUCAACAAACUUAAUGCGUGCUGCCCUGGGUUGUGUUUGUUGUGAUACAGUAUGUGUAGCUUUUCAUUUAGCAGCUCUGUUACCAUUUGGAAACGGUGACAGUCUUAUACUGGCACAUUAAUCAGUUAAGAUGCUCAAAAAUAUACCUUUUUUCUGCACCUCAUCAACAACCUUACACAAUCGAGACAGCUUAUUUAGAGCCGGUGUAGCAGGUGUGUGGUACAGUACGUUACAGUAAAGUAUACUUAUUUCAUCCAGCAAAACAGGCAGUGAUCAGCUGAUAUUGGGCACUUAAGACUUAAGUUUUUGGGAAUGUAACAACAAAAUUUCAGGAUAAGGGAUUUUUACAUCGGCCUCAGUUUGUUUAUUAGCCCUUUGACUCCUCUGUUGUCAGCUAUAACAGAUAUCUGUAGGUCUUCAGCUAUAUAUUCAGCAGUACAUCUUGUGGUCCCUUGAGUUCUCUCCUUUUUUUUUUUUUUUUCUUGUGGCAGUUUGCUGAGUGGCUUCAGUGCUGUCUGGCAGUGUCUACACAUCAUUUUUUGUUUAUCCGUCACAUUUUCUUGUGUCUCAUUUCUUGAAAUGGGAAAACCAAAUUGCUCCCACAUGUCAGAUUUAAAAGACACUGGAGCAUCAACAACUUCAGAAUUGCCACUAUGUGUGUCCCUUGCACCUGAAGCUGGUGUUCUUCAUUUUUACUAGAUUUGAGGUAGCCAGUCGAGCGCAAAGGAUUGUAUCAGGGGUUGGGGAUGUUGGUUUUUCAGGGCCGAAAUGACAUAAAAAUCUGCUGUCAAAAUUAAGAUUCAGGGAAUAUUAUCGACUCAAAAUCAAUCAACAUCAGCAAAAAUGAAAAGAAAAACAAGGGCUGUAAAGUCCGAGUCGACUGGUCGACUUAUUGGUCGAUACGUGCUGAGUCGACCAAAAUUUUGAUUGGUCGACUCAAUUUUUUUUUCGUGUCAAUUUAAGUCUAUGGUUAAUUUCAUCAGGAGGAACGUACCAAGUGCUAAUGGGGGAGUUUUAGGAGCACCCCCGUUUCAUAGGUAACAGCCUCCUUUGUUUCCACCAUUUUGGAUUUGCCCAACCCACCGGAGACCGGCUAGAUACAGGAAGACUGAAACGCGCCCACGUUAAUCAAUGUCUGGUGGUUUGCCGAAUAUUUAUUUUUAUUUUGAGUUUUUCAACUUGCCUUUUGUGUUUAAUUGCCUUCCUGUGCUGGUAUCAGUAUAUUUUCACCCGCUGAGCCGCGCUCCACUGAGCUGUGUCCCCCCCCCCACCACGGCAGGGUUUGCCAUCAGAGUCAGAACCCCCUCGCCCAUUAUUCGAUAUUUGGUUCAAAAUUUCAGGGCUUUAGUUGACUAAGAAUUACAGCCCUAAGAAAAACUAAAACAUUCAACAGCAUAUCCAUAUACACAACUUCACAGUUAACCAGUUACACAUACAGCACACUUAUGUCGUACUGUCAGGUGGCGUUAUCAGCCAAUCAAAUAUUUUUGUGGGCGGGGUAUUAAGUGAGAAAGUGGAGCAAAGAAAUGAUCUAAAGGGAAACACACACUGACAGCAGAGCUGCACCAGGAGAGCACUUUUUAAUUAACGACUGUUAUUGGCCGUCUUGUUAUUGGCCUUUAUAGAUAAUCAGUAAAAGGACAACAUCCUGUAUACCUCUAAAUAAUCGGCAUGCAUGAGACAAUAGCAGUAUUUUCCUUGAUAGAGAAUAUUUGAGUGGGCUGCACAAGUACAUUUACAUCCCCUUAAUAUGAUCGCUGACCUUUUAUGCAAUUUUUCUUUCUUCCAUUAUACACAACUCUUUGAUCACCAUCUAUGAUUUAGAGUGCAUACAUAUGUUCAUUGCUGAUGCAUUGAUUUGCAAGUAAAAUCUCAAGUUUAAAAAAGUAUCAGUGCUGGACUCAUGAGCUGAACCUCCAAAACAUUUGUUAUUGGGAUAAACUGAUAAUCGAGCCUAAUACUGAUGGAGAUUGUCAUGUUUCACACUUUCAGGAAUUGUGUCAAAGGCUCUUGUGUUGGCACAACAGUUUCCAGUGCGGCACAUGCUUUUAUACUGUAGCAGCAGUUGGAAUAAACGACAGCACUGAAAGCACCGUUUCUUCAGCGCACGUACGUGUUGACUAACCUUUAGGUGUUUCUGACAGAAGAGAAAAGGACCAGAGAUAAACGUGUCAUUCUGAUGUGACUGAACGUUGUCUCCUGCUUGUCAGUGUUCCCUUGCUGAGACUGUGAUGGAUCUUGUUUUGUCAUGGUUACUGUCGCUGUUGUGGUAAGGUGGCCUUUAACGUCGCCUAAAGGUCACCGACAUGAGCUGCAUGAUGCUUCACCGACCAGAGGAGUAAGACUCCAGACCAGCUGUGAGGGGCCAGGAGAUGAUAUCUCUCUUUACUGAAGCUUUUUUGACCGUACUGCUGCUGUCACUCCUUCACCAUCUGAUACGUGCGUGCAGGUCUGCGAAGUCUGAAAACAUAAAUAAUUGUAAAUGUGCUUAUUUUAAAAUGAUACACCUUCGAGCUUAAAGACUUUCCCACAACAAAGCCUCUCAUUUGUUGUGGAUUAGUAUUUUUUUCAAGACGCACAAGCGCUCGUUCUUUGUGUAAAAGCUCGACAAAGACCUGUGAUUGGGACAUAGUCAGAUGAAUAAUUUAAUUUCGGCGACUACACUUCUACACAAAUGUACACAAUCCAUCUGGUGGACAUGGGAGCCGCCAAGGGAGUGCUCUUUUUUUUUUUUGUGUAUGCAGGAUCAUUUAGUUACCAUGGUAACGUGUGUGUAAAAGCAAGUGGAUGAAGGGAUGUACCAUGUUACACAGAUUACAGAUAAGAUGGAUAAAAGUCUCUGUUUUAAACAAAUGUUUCAAAUUAAGCAACACUCUUAUUUAUUAAAUUUUUUUGGAGAUGGAAAAUAUUGAGUUUCUUAAAGGUGCAGUGCGUAGUUUAUCAGAUUUACUAGAAAGGGAUGUUAUAUUCAGAAAUAUAUCUAAAUUAGAGCAUAACCAUGUGGAGAAAAUUAUUAUUACCAUAUUUUCGGGCGAUAUGGCGCACUGGAUUAUACGGCGCAUUGUAAAUUAACGUGUCUUUGUUCACACAUAAGGUGCAACGGAUUGUAAGGCGCAUUAAGCAUUGAUUGGUUGAUUGUUGCUAGCACAUACUCUGGGCCCAGGCUCCCUUACAUGGAUGCACUUCUAGUUUAGACAUUACGGUCAGGCAGUCUUGUAGACCGCUCAGGGGUGCUGUUACAGGGCUGAGCAGGUAGUGACACAGCGUACCGUAAUGCUCCGAAUAUCCAUCGAGUGGAGUGGCUUCGUUGCUUACCAAAGUCAUACUUACACAUUUCCACAAAUUUUUGAGCACAUUGUACCACAUAAAAUUGAUCAGUAAGCACAACAAGUAAUCAUAUGUAAGGCACACUGUCAGUUUUGGAGAAAAUUUAAGGAUUUUAAGCGCACCUUAUAGUUUGAAAAAUACAGUAAUAUUAUUAACUUUGAUUUCAUUUUUUAUAUCUACAUAAGAGCAAGUUCCCUUUCAUGGAAGCAGCCGUCUUGCUUCACUAUAGUGGCGUUGGACACACAAACUGGUAACACAUGUUCAUGUUUUGGUUCAGUUAGUGACCAUGAGAAAUGUUGUGGUAGGAAAACAGGGAAAGAAGAGGAAAGUGAAAGAGGGUCAUUCAUGUUUUGCAACACCGGCGCUUUUUGUCCCCAAAGGCCACCAUCACUUCACCAACAGGAGGAGUAAGCAAGGGAGCAUUUCAGUCUAGAAUUUGACCACUAAAGUCUAAUAAUGUAAUUCCAGUCUCUGUCCACGGCUUCUCUGAGAGACAACAAUGAUAUAAUUCACAUUUUUUGUAGUGAUUCUGAACCCACGCUGAAGUUUCUCUCAGUUUCAGUCAUAUACCCUGAGUUGUUUCGGCUUUCAAUGACUUUAACUGGCUCUACUUUUCCCCCAUACGAUGUUCUACUUUCCUACUUCCUGUUUUACCUUAACAAAAGACACACACACACACACACACACACACACACACGCACACACGCACACAUGACUUGAGGCUGACCUGCUUCACCAACUGAUAAGGAUAUUUGUGUGUGUUUGUGUGUGUGUGUGUGUGUGUGUUGUCAGUUUACAGUGGCUCAGCUCCACCUUUUUAUUACACACUGAGAGAGAGAGAGAGAGAGAGAGAGAGAGAGAGAGAGAGAGAGUUUCCUGCUGGACAGAGUGAUUUAUUUCAGUCAUUACACAGAGUCUUUUAACAUUUUAGGAUGUUAAAAGAGGGACUUGAAAGGAGAAACUACAAACUAUUUAUUUACACCAACAUCAAGUCUCGGAGCUUUUUAAAAAAUCAAACGCAAAAAAUACUAAUCUACAAAGGAGUAAUGCAAAAAACACUAGUGUAGGCUCUCAGCAUUGGCUAAAUUCUCAUUUGAAACAUCAGCUUUUAUUUUCAGUUAGUGCAUCCUUGUUUUGAAUCAAUAAUUUGUCAUACUAUUAUUACUUUAACACGUUUUUUUUUCCCCUUUAUCUCAUAAUGUUAACAUUUUAUCCCAUGACGAUAAUUUACAAUCAUAACUUUUAACUUGACCUCAUUUCUAACAUUUUUCUAUUUAUGACAUUUGUUUUCUUUAAAUUACGAAAGCUUAAUUUUCUUCUGUUAACCACCAGGACAGUCAACAAGUCAGUGCUGUUAAACGAGUCCUCCCUGCAGCCAGGCAGAGAGUCAGCUGGUCUGCGAGGGGAGUGUCUCUCUGCUCUGCUGCCUCCGGCUCAAUGAUAGUCAGUCAUCUAGACGUCCAGCCUCCCACUCAGUCACUCCUCCAGUCAGUCAGUCAGUCAGUCAGUCAGUCAGUCAGUACGUCUGUGGGUGUAGAUGCAGGGCUGCUGGUCAGCUGCUCUGGACGGCUGGUAUCUCCCUGAGGAUCUCGCUCUGCAGAAUCAGCUGAGGAGCCGCUGACUGAGAGGUAAGAGGCUCUGGAGAUCAGCAGGAUGUUUGUUUGGCUAAGUUAAUUUCAGGAGCUGUUUGCUGACUUUUUUGCAGGCAUGUGACAGGCUGCAGGCAGGCAGGGGGGACAGUGUGCAGAUGUAGACACCAGAACACAUGAGAAGUUUUAAGGAGGGAAACUUCAGAGCCUUUUUUUUUUAUGCGGCUGUGAAAUUAGCUCACAUCCUUUUCUUUUCUACGAGCGAGUAACUUGCUGUGUUGUUGCAUUCAGCUGCAUCAUCCAGGCAGCUUAUUAUCUGGACUCUGAGCGUCCAGCCGAUGUAAGCUGGUCAUAAAUUUCCUCUCAUGCUGGGUCCUCUGACAGUGGAAACGCUCUGAAGGAAAGAGGGAGGCUCACUGUUAAAUCUUGUCUUAUUAGGGAUGAUAUGACUAACUCCUGUUUCAGUCAGACUGCUUGGCUCUAGUUUGAUUUAUUCUACUUUUUGGGGGGAGAAAACUUUGAAAAGCAUUGCCUGAAAUAUGGACCAACUGAUCAUACAUUAAAAACUGGGACUAGCUGAAGCCUUGAGGUGAAUUUGGCAGGUUGUCCGGGUGCUAAGACCAUUUAACCGUUUUUGUGAGAUUGAGGCCAAUUUAUUUAGAUUCUGCAAAUUUAACCUCCUUGAAUAGCUGAAGUGAAAUAGAGGAAGGAUUACGCAGGAAAAUUCAGGCAAGACACAGGGUGACGACAUCUCUCAGGACUGACUGGUGCUUCAAGGGCCAGGCUUUAAAAGUAAUUAAUUGAAAACCCUAUCUUAAAGACCCAGUCACACAAGAGUUUAAAAUGGCUUUCAGGUGUAGAGUUUGGAAAAGGAGUCAGUGGUAAGAAUGCAACCUAGAAAAAAAAAAAAAACUGUGGGAACUCAUUGUCUUGUUCUCUUAGAGAGCAAACUUGUGACUCUGUUAUGUGAUGGUCAGAAAGCUGGACAGCUCAGAGAGGUAUUGUUACUGACUAAUGGAUAUUUCUGAGUGCCUGGGGUUUAAGAUAGGGAGGCUAUUUAAAAGAAAAUUCAAGACCAACUAACUGGCUAAUCUGAAGCUAAAAAAGCACACUUAGAAAAACGUGGGAACUGAGUGCAAGUUUGUGGAUCAGAGUCUGGUCAGAUUGGCUUCUCAAUGUGACUUAUUAGCAAGCGCUAACACCACUAGCUGCUAAUCUAUUUCUAUUUUCUAGAUCUAAAUACUGACACAAUUUGUCACAGUGACAUCUCCCAUUGGUUAUUUGUGUUUUGAAGCAUAUCUAUAGCUGACGACAUAACUGGAUGCUGACUCAACCUAACUUUUGGUUGGCCUAGCAAAAGGGAAAAAGGCGGACCAGGGUGGACUAGAGUUGGGGUUUUAGCAUCCUUGCUAUCAGCUACAGUGUGCCUAUUUGGCAAUCAAGCUAACUAUGUAAAACUUAGUGUAGCCCCUAAACUGUGUUUGCAGACAUAGAAAUCCACUAUCCAUCCAUUUUCUUCCACUUUUCUGGGGCCUGAUUUCAGGGGGAGCAGUCUGAGCAAGACCUUCCAAAUUUUUCUUUCCUCAGCAACGUUUUCCAGCUCCUCCUCCAGGAUUUGGCAUUUCCAAGCCAGGUGGGAAAGUAAUCCUUACAGCAAACCCUGGGUCUACCGCAGGGUCUCCUUCCAGAUGGAGGUCUCUAAAAAACCUCCAGAUGGAGGUGUCGAAUUCAAACGCCCAAACCAUCUCAACUAACUCCUCUUGAUUCAAAAGAGCAUUGGGUAUCAUUUUAAAAAAAAAAUCAAACUGUUUUAUUUAAGCUAUUUUUUUAUGGCACAAUAAACCCUGUAUAUUAGAGGAAAGAUCACAAAGGCGUGAUUGGCAUCGCUGUCAAAACCCAAAUCUGACACCCCUGCCUUUUCCAUCAAGAAACCAUUGCUGUCUUUUCAUUCAUGGUCUCAGUUGUUUUCGUACACCGUAGAGAUGCGUCUCUUGUCUAUUUCUGUCUGUUUCAGAACUGUUGAGAAAGCUUUCCACCCAAGCUCUACGUCCUCUAACAUUAAUUUCUGAACUUACCAGGUUAAUGCUGAUUUGCAGUUUAGUGGCACUAAAGCAUUUGUGAUAGCUGCAUACUUUCCUGAGUAAAGGUCUCUAAAAUUCAGACAGAUAGACUGCAGUAAAAAAGAAGUUUCCUAUGAAUGUAACAAGUCCAGAGCCCGGUGUUUUUGUUUUAACACUCUGAAUGUGACUUGUGUGAAUUGGAAGCCUAACAGUCUGUAAUAGGUGUCUUGUGCUGUGCAGAAGAAAAACAAAUCCCACCAUCUUUGUUUAAAUAACAUUAUCUUCAAACUGGUUCGACUGCAGGGGGGAAGGGAGGAGGGGUCCGUAUAACUCAUUCAAAGUAUCAUUUGAAUCCUGAUCAUAAGUUGAACACUGUUUGAGCUGCGGUUUCCAGGAUUUGACAUUUCCUCUUUCAUAAUUUACAGCAGAGGAGCAUCUGAAGUAAAUAUUUGACUCUGACCGGCAUGCAGAAGCUCUUUAGAAAACGAAACACACACACACACACACACACACACACACACACACACACACACACACACACACACACACACACACACACACACACACACGAUGGUUUUCUUUCUUGUUGAUGUGUAUUUCCCUCUGGUCAGAAAACACAGAAGCAUGUUUUUGCUGUUUUGUUGCUCUCAGCUAAACUUGGAGGCAGCACAAAGAAUAAAACAACUCUUCUUGAUGUUAAUUUGAUCUCGGGGCUUUAAAAAUGACAUAUAUAAUUAUCAUCUCAGUGCUAAGACUGUGAAAUGACCCAUAUAAAACAGAAACUGUAAGCUUCUAUGAAAAACAAACCAGCUUUAGUAGAUCAUUUCAACAAAAAAGAGGUUUUUACUGGGAUCAAAGUGUCAGGAUUCACUCUUGGGAAAUAAUUAAAGAGAAUUUGGAUCAUACUGAACUUCGCCAGAUUAAAAAUAUAAAAUCUUUUCAAAGCAAUAAAUCAGUAAUGUAUGAGACUUCACAUUGUCAGCACUUAGUUGGUGACCGUGUCUGUUUGUGGCUGAGUUUGCCUGACAUUUGGUUUUUCAGAUUUUACUGAUGCUGUGGGCGGUGUGCUCUCUAAACCACUUCCUGCGGGUACUAAGUGUUGACGAUGAAGCCACAGAGCACAAAACCAAUAUCAGCAGCGCCAUAUCAGCAACAAGGCAGAUUUCCUCUACGCAGCAAAUUUAACCGGUUUAAAUGCAAAUCAAGUCUAAUUUCUUCUUUAAAUCCAACUAAAUCUUACAGCUGAAUUAUGUUAUUUUAAAAAUCAGUUUUAUUUUAGUGAAAUUCCAUUAUCAAGUCUAGGCCUAAAUAAUGUUAUUUUUCUCUUGGCUGUAUUUCUCUAUCAUAUAUGUGUUACAGGCCAGGAUAACUGAGUUAGAUAAGAAAGUAAGUCAUUUGAUGGUUUCGUUUAAAAACAAGCUUUGAUUCACGUUAAUAUAAGAGUUUGUAAGAGCCGUCUUCAUCAGUCAAACUGAUCAUUAUGUUAAGAGGUUGAAAAGGGCCAGAGGUCAGAUGGUUUUCGUCAGAAUCAGUUUUGGGUUUUUGGCAAUAUACAAAAAUGGAAAAAGAUCUGAGCUGACUUUGCUUCUUGUGUUCAAAAAUUACCCAUUAACCUAAAUAUUAAAAUGAAUAAAACUUAAAAUAAAAGCCUACAUCAAUUAUUGAGCUCAUAUAAAUAAACCUAAAUAAGACAAUAAAUACACCAAAACGUAAGACGAUAGACAAUGCAGUGUUGAGGCUCUAAAUCAGACUGAAAUAAUUAUUUUAUUAUGUUACAGGUACAUUUACACUGGGUUGGCAGUUUAGAAACAUCUUUAAAGUCAACAUGCUCAUCAUCAAAGUGCAGCGAUUGAAGUACAGAAGCUUCAUUUGAAAGCAAACCCAUGAGACUGUUUGACGCACUUUCUAAUUGAAUGAGAAAAAUUUAAUAAUGAAACAUAAAAUGUUUUAUUGACUUGUAAAAAAAACAAACAACUUAAAACUCUCAUGAAAAUCCUGACACUUUGAACCUUGCGUUGUUUUGGAAAGGGAAAACGAGGAGAGCCUUUAUUUUAUUGAGAAGCUGUAAAAGGUAUUUUAGUGAAUAUUAGAUUUUAAAACACUGAACGCUUCCACUUACUGUUCUCUCUUGUUACAUAACAUGACAACACCCAGUCAUUUUCCUUUAAGGACUCAGCAGACUGUUCAGGAUGUGGUGGCUCGACAGCUGAUCUUAGUGUGUUUUAGUGUCCUGAGGCAACAAGGUGGACUACAAAUUCAAUCAGCUGACUGAUCCCAUGACCCCAAGCAGUUUAAGCAUUAACCCUGAGUGGACUCAAAACAAUAGCUGAAAACAAAGAAACUGAGUGUUUAGAACAAAACUGAAGCAGAUGUCAGUACCAAACAAAAUAAUGAUUGAUUUUGACUUCUCAAACACAGAUGUUACUGGUUUCAGUAAUAUUGAUCACACUUCUGGAAUAGUGCUUUCACUAAAGUUACUCUCUGUUAUCACCAAAUCUGAAUAAAAGUUGUUUCUAUCAGCACAGAAAAGCCUGGAGAACUGCCCUAAUGCAAAGUCUUUUUUUUUUUUUUUUACUUUAUUGUUGGCUGAAAUGAGGCUUCCUCCUUACUGACAGUAAAGCUGUCUUCAAGAGCACCUGAAUUUCACCUGGAGUUUACCACAUUAUCACUCUGAGCACCUGACAACAGCUCUCUUUGUGUGACUUAAGUUAUUUUCUACUGUAAUGACACAAAUAGUGUUUUCAGUCUCAUCUAAUGGUGGCUGUUAUCAAGCUUUGAAAAACCAUUACAAACAAAAAGAGUACAUGCAAUAGAUAUGAAUUACAUAUAAGUGUGAUUUAAAGAGGCAAUGAUUGGGUUGACUUUGUACAAAUGGAAUAACAAUAGCAAAGUUGAGGCACCAAAAUAGCUGGUCUUGUUGCUACUUGCCUCUGUUUUUUGACCACCUAAAAACCCCUGACAAGGUUGCUGAUGAGUUUGCCAAAGGGAUACCUGAUACCAGACUGUAUAGCCUUGUGCAAAGUGUGCUCGCUAAACAAAACUAAAGAGAGAACGACAGUCUCAGGAAGGCAAACAGACAAACCUAGCAGUGUUUGGAGUUCCUGGUCUCCACUAAGAAUUUUGUACCUUUUUUUUAAUCCCUUCAUCUUGCCCUUGCUAAACUCCUAAAUCUUUUGCAAAAUUAGGAGUGGGUAACCAUAUUUUUCACAACAGCUCACUUUGGCUUGGCUGCCUUCAGGUGGACCAUAUAAUUUAAACUGAGAGUAUGUACGUUUCUUCAUAAUAUAAGAGUAAAGACUGCUGAAAACUCUCUAAUUGACCAAGAUUUUAAAGCAAUACAAUCCCUUACUCUAGUCUAAUUACUUCAUCUGCACUCAUCUACACAUAAGGGCUGAUGACUGAACAGAUUGUGUUUACACUACUGCUGAUAAAACCUGUGACAUUACCGUCUCAACCAAUAUGUUCUGCUGAUUCCAGCCUGUGGUUGUUGAAACACCGCAGUAAUCCAGCUCACACUGUGUCCUAUUCACUCAAAUAUUUACAUUUGCUUACUGCCUCCUUUUGCUUUGUGCAUUGUUUACAAAAAAACAACUUAAAAGUACGUUAUAAUAAUAAAAGCUCAAAUUUGAAUCGUUAAACUGACUGUAAUUUUGGGGAAAACCAAUAGUGAACCCCUCGGCUGACAUGACAUUCAUAGAAAGACAGAGCAGGCAGUUACAGUAACUGUCGGACUAUUUCAAGUGCCCCACCCGAACUCUGUUAAAUCCAGCCACAUGAAACCAGAUCAAAUCCAAUCUGAGCACUGUUACUGAGGAAUUCAACUAAAUGUGUAGAGACACAGGUCAGCAUUGUGCUGAAAUCCACAGGUCUCAUGAUUCUAAUCGACGAGAUGAUUUUAAUUUGAUGUGGUUAACUUUAAUAGCUGUGGAUACAACAAACCUCAAUACAACAACUUUGUGCAGCCAGUAUGGGAUGCUUGUGGUAUCAAGGUGUAAGUAAGCAGUGUUUCCUCAUAACAGACUUUUGUGAGCCAUGAAAACAACCCACAAAGCUUUGCCUUUAUUCAGACUAAUGAAACUGUGCUUGCAUGUUUUUUCUUAAGGAGGAUUGAAUCUCUGGUUAUCAUAGAGAAUGAGAAAUGAACAAGUUUUUGUGCUCUAUAACAUAGGUGCCUCUCACAUCCACCAAGACAGUGGGAAGAGUUUCAGGAUGCGGGGGCAUGGCAUCGAAAACCCACUGCAACUUUAGGGAACUACAAAGGGAGCAAGAGGAACACCAGCUUCACAUGCUAUUAGACCUGGGUGAUUGAUUGAAUUUCAAUUUUGAUCACCGUUAUGGUUCCUAGGGCUGUGCGAUAAACCAAAAAUUUACAGAUACCGAAAUUUACGACAAUACCUGACGUAAUUUUGCCCAUAAUGGUAUAUAUUUGAUGUCAAAAAAAUAAAUCAAUAAAAGUUGGUUUUGGAUGUGUGUAGGUAGGCUAUGGUCACGUGUCCCUUUAAGAUGCUGUCCUACAUCAUAGACAUGACUCCAGUCCAUCCAGUCCGUAACAAAGAGGGAAAGACAGGUGAGGAGAUGGAGGACGGUUCAAAAGUUGUAGCGGCUGGAGUAGAAGAAGUUAAUGUGGGAGGGGGUGAGCAGCUUGUGGAGUAGUUAUCCUCCACAUCGAGGUGAACUGCUCAAUAUAUUUUGAUAUUGAUUUAAGGGCAUAUCGCCCAGCCCUAAUGGCUCCCCGCAAACAUAAAAAUGUGAUAAUCUAGAUAUUGUGCUGCCUGCUUUGUUGCCCCGUUACGUCCUCUGCAUUAAAAGAAGGCAGCUACAGGCUGAGAGGGGAGAGCAGGGAGAGGAGGUGGAGGAUAGUGUUUGUAUUCCUAUGUCUGAAAAGCCAAAGGACAGGAUGAGCACAACUAGAGAGUGAUGUCAAGUGUGCACGAGCGCUAUCAAGCCCAACAGACAUUUUUUAAAGUACAUUUUUGUUCAGUCUGCAGCCUGUGAUCAAAUGUAAGCAGUAAAAGAUCUCAAGUCAUCCAGUUUUUAUGAAACAGUAUGAAAAAUCAUUUUAUUACAAGUGGAAUCUGACGUUUAAUUUUAGUGAGUUAUCAAAACUAAGUCAAAGCUCUUCGAGUAAAGUGCAGAAUUGUUGCACGGUCCUUUUCAUUUUUUUAAUUUUUACAGAGGACUUUGACAAGGUGUGCACUGCAGAUGUGAAAUCUUUGGUUAUUGCUUUUAAUAAUCCUGAUAUCAAUACCAAUCAAAAGAUAAUGAUUAGGAUUCAAGCCACAUUCAAGCCGCCCUACAUUUUAAAUAUUCAUCUCAAACCAUCUUGAAGAUACUUUCUUAUUAUCACUUUGUUAUUUCUCUGGUAAUCCUUGGUUUUUGUAUAAUUCAUUGUUGGGCUUUUACUUCAUGUGAAGCACUUUAUGCAACACACAAAAAUAAAUAAAUAAAUAAAUAAAUAAAUAAAUAAUAAACUCUUUAAAAUUAUUGUUAUUUCUGCUUUCACCAACCUACAAGUGUUUGCACUUUAUCAUAACCAUUGCACCUGAACCCCUAGUCAUCCUCCUCUGCCUCCCAGUAUUCCCCACUUCCAUGUUGACCUUUAAAUCCAGCUGAGUUCACUCUCUGUACAGAUGUUUCCCACCUCCUGCUGUAGGAUUAAGAGGGAAUAGAGGAAGCCAUGUUGGGGCUCACAGAGGGAUGGAUAAAUACUCCCAGAUCCACCUGAGUGUGUCACAUUCUGUCGACAUGAUCUGGUUUUAGUCCUUUAAAAACCACUUUAACGUACCAGAUUUGUGGAUAAACUUACCUGUUAGCAUGUUUAAGAGACCAGUCAUUCAUGUUGUUAAAAUAGCCAUGGGUGAUGGUAGUAAUUACAGUUUUUGUGAGGAGAAGUGAUCCACAGCUGGCCUCCCAGCUGCUGUGCGGAUUCACUUCAUUGAUCUUUCAGCCGUCUGGCUCAGAUGUCCUUCUCGGUUUUGUUAAGUGGGUCUGAAAUGCUGAAAGGUUUCAGACAAUCACAGCGGGUAACCCUGGAGGACAUCUGAACAAAUUGGAUCAUCAAGGGUCAAUCCUCAUCCAUGUUAGCGGUUAUUGAUCGUUCUCUCUGGAGAAUAGAUUGGUUAAAGGGAAUAAAGGCUAAGAGUCUGCAGAAGAGAUGGAAAACAAAUCAGACGUCUGGUGAUCUGUUUGAUGCAGGAGUCAAAUAGAAACGCCUCUGAUGAGCGUCUGCUGACAUUUUAUAAAUAUUGGAUAUAAACUUACAAAGGGUCUUUCUAAAGGUUGAAAAUCCAAAGAAAUACAAUAGAAAAGUUCAUUUUUCUUUGCACUGACCAUAUCUGUCAUCAUCAAGAUAGGGAGAAAAACUGACUUAUUUAAUUUAAUUUAGGUAUCAGUCUGUGAAUAAAUACAUCAUAAUAGCAGUAGUGCAAAUAAAAGCAAACUUUUCCCUUUUCAGUCCCGUAGAUCACUUUUGGGUUUGACAGUUGAAGGUGAUCAUGGUAGAGCUGCACAAUUAUGGCUCAAGUGAUAAUGACGACUGUCUUGAUUAGUAUUGUAAUCACGCUGAUUCAUUUAUUUUAGUCACACUUUUAACUUUUGUUGAUUUAAAAAACAAUAAUCCUGCAUCUCACUGAGCAAUGAAAGUCAUUAAAGCUUUACUAAAUAAGACCUUUUUACUGGUUUGGACAUUUAUAACGUUGAACACAGGACUUUUACUUGUCGUGAUAUCUUCAUCGUGUGGCAUUGAAAAAUAAAUUCUUAUUUUAUUAUUUCUUCAAUGAUUCUAAUCCCAAAGUUUUUAACUCUGUACAUUUGUCAUACAAGGCUGGUCAGAUAAAAUAACAUUCUCCAUUGUUUUAAUAGUUCAUGGUUUAUAGAUGUGUCUCCUUUAAUUUUUUUAUAUUUUCAUUUCUGCAAGUGACAUUUGCUACAGCGCUGUAUACAUUUUUCUAAAGCUCUUUAAAAUUUCUGUUUGUGUUGAGUUUGGCGCCCCCUGUGGCUAAAUACUCUCUUUGUUAAAUCUUGUCCCGUACAUUCAAAGGUAGUAUUUUCUGACUAAAAAAAAGACAAUAAUUAAGUUGUCUUCAAGCAAAACACAGAAAUACUUACAGGGAAGUGUUUUAGUCUCUUCUUAGAGUGCUGUCAGUUUUUCAGGCUGACACCUACCCAGUUAUUCGAAAUCACAAUAUUUGAAGUUGUCAGUCUUGCUGCUGGUGGUCUUGUGCUUUUGAGAUCAUAAAAAGGCAUCAGUAUUUGUAGAUUCACAAGCAGCUAAAAUCUCCUCACAGAAGCUUCGUAGGAUUAUAAGAUCAAUUUACUUCAUUGUGUCCUAAUAAAAAGGUAAAAACAUCCACUCUAUUCAAACUUCGGACAGGCUGAUAGUUAUUAUUAUUUUGACUGAUUUUGGAUGAGCUUCAGCUACCUCAGCAACUUAACAUACCGUGAUUUGAGCGUCGAAAACAUCUCACUUCUCAUCGGGGAACUACUUAAAACAGCAGCGAAGGCUUUGAGUGAGAAGAGGGAGAUUAAUCCCGUUGGUGUUAAUCAAUAAUUAACACGGCAAAGGCCAAGCAGCAUCACCCUGCUGCUUUCAGUGGAGGUGAGGGACCUUCAAAAACAUUUGUGCUCAGCUUUUCUCUCCGCGUUUCAUGUCAAAACUUGUGUUGUUGGAUUGAGAAACUUCAAUGGAGGACUUUUUAAAGUCGAAACCAUCUUGGGGACUUCCGGUUGAACUUGUGACAGCCAAGAUGUUGCUGUGCUUUUUAUCUCGAGAAGAAAUGUAUUCUUGCUCAAAGCCUUCAGUCUGGUGGGGAUACUUUGAAUUUAGAAACCUUUGAAUGAAUAAAUGAAAAAAGAAUCAAUUAUUGAUUGGUUUAAUCAAAGGCUCGUUUUACAUUAUUUAUAGGGAUGGAGGUGAGACAGAACUGCCUUGUUUUGUUGUGAAGAUGUUAAGGAUUAGGGAUCAGGAUUUCUGCCUCAGUAUUUAUGAGGAGAGGAGGAUAAUUCAGGUCUUUUAUUUCACCUUGUAGCCAGAUAGAUGUAUAUGAGAAUAUCAUCUAAUAAUGGACUCUUAUGCAUGCAUAUUUGCUGCAUAAUUCUGGGGGUCACGACAUUUGUUUACUCUUGCUCUGUUUAGUUUUAAACGCUCUGUGUGUCAUAAAUCUGUGUGUGUUUAGAGCAGCGCUGCACUGAAUGGUGGAAGUUACACUCAGGAUCUGUCAGGUGGAUUUAUGCUCCUCUGUUGGACUGCUGAUUCCUCUGGUGUUGUGAAUGAUUUAUAUGGCGCUCUAGAGUUGUAUUUAACCUGUUGAUUGUAAAACACAAGAUGGAGGUGUUGUACGUUUCCAGGACUUGUCAUGAAUCAAUUUUGUUGCUGAAGCUCUGUGACAGAGAAGUUUGACAAGAUUGGACAAGGAUGGCCUUUUGGUGUUUUUAUUAGUUUAUAAGGUAACUGAGUCUUUUUUAUAUAACCUAAUCUAAAAAUUAGGCAGCAAAGGAAUUGAACUGACAAAAAAUGAAUUCAAUUUUUCUUAAUUUAUGUCACAGCCUUCGUAAUGUAACAUCUCUUUGACUCAUUUAUUGAAUUAUAUCAUGGUACAGUUGUGUGACUUGCUUAAAGCAGCGAAUAGACACCAUCCCACUUUGACAGAUGUGCACUUGCAUCACUUUUAUUGUGAGCAUGUUGCAAACGUUUGCCAGCAACACAAAGGUCCUCAUUAUAUUCCCAUCAACUUCAUAAUAAUAAAAUUAUAAUAAUACAUUUUAUUUGAAGCGCCUUUCACGUCGCUCAAGGACACUUUACAGAACAUAUAAAACAAUAAUAAAACAUUAUUAACAAUUAAAAUCAUUGAUCAUCAAAACUGUUAAAAUCAACAAAGCAACAUUAAAACAUUUGACAUAAACAACAGCAAAGGAAUAAAUAAAGAAAUAAAUAAUACCAAUUAAAAUUAAAUUAAAAAAGUGAGUUAGGGGUGGUGGGAUGGAUAGGGCAGUUUAAACAGGUGUUCAUGUGCUUUUCCAGUUUAUAAGCAAAUAUUAAAGGGAUAUUUCAGUAUUUUUAAAGUGAGUUUGCACAUGUUGAUGAGAAAGUGCCAGCAGGUGCAGCAUGCAAAGGAUGAUACCGUUUUCAGCAGAUGUUAACAUUUAGCUCAAGCAUCACAGAGCUGAGGUUUACCCACCCAGCAAAGCCAGUGUGACUCACUCAGUUUGUUCUUUGGUCAUGUGUUUAUUUGAAUAAUACUCUUCACAUGGGUUUAGUGUCUUGUCAUUUGUAAAUUACCUGCUGGCGUCCCUGUUUGGUGUGGCACAUUUACACAAGGCAAGUGAAGUCAGUAAGAAUGUAAUUUUUUGUUUCAGUUGCCGAGGUGCUGUUUGGCAUCCACUUUGUCUGUGGGGGCAGCAUCACUCUACAGUAUUCAGCCAGCAAGAAAUCCACAAAGUGAAGACUAAGUCCACAUCUCGUAAACAUCCACUAAGAAUUUGCAUGAAAACCUUUAGGGCACAUAAAACGCUUAUGUCAUACAAUAGAUGUUGAUAUGGAAGAGUCUGCCUGUGUGAUUAAAUGGUUAACAAGUGAUCUGAAUGUCUCUGGUGUGCAUCUUUGGUAUGCGGAGUUAAUAACUGCUGUCAGAGGGUUUUGACCAAUCAGAAUGAUUUUAUACCAAAAUGGCGACAUGGUGCGCCUCAGGUAUUACAGGCAAUCUUACCUUGAUGUGCAUAUGUACAUGCACAUCUUAGUUUGCUCUUCCUGCAAACAGUUCUGCUUAUUGUUGUAGCAAAGUGAUCUGGUUGAAUUUGCACCCAAAAAGGCUGUGAAAAGCUUGGUGCACAAGGUCCAAUGCAGCAUUCAGCAAUUUGACCUACCAGUUACAGACAUAGUUGAUGCAUGCAGGAUUAAAAACACAAAUAUCAACAGCAUAAAUUACUAAAGGUUCACAUGUUAUUCUAAUUCAGUGUAAGUAGGGUUUAAGGCUGCAAACUGAACAUUUGAACGCACACCCAGAACAGGAUGUUGAUAAUUUGAUGCCUCUUUGGUUAGUGAGAUGAUAAAAACACAGAUAAGCAUGUUGUGUCAUAUGUGAUGUUUCAGAUGUGAAAGUUCUUUGUGGUCAAAAACAGCUUCAGAUCCUUUUUCUUCACAGUGUUUCUGGUUCAACUAAUAAAUACAACUUAAAGUCUUGCAUUGCAGGUAAAACUUCAUUUUUUCUGCGGCAGUGCACUGUAUCACUGUGCCAUGCUUUCAGGCCAGUCUUUAAUAGUAAUGAUUAACAUCUGUUUGAUGUUAUCGUGGACACAUUUUGUCAUGUUUCACAACAAACACCUACAGGAGCCCUGAUUUGAAACCCAAAACUGUGCAACUUUAUUAAUCUGCAAAGCUGCAGUCCGCGCCUUGGAGUUUGAGUGACAGAAGUGACGGCUGUUUUUAUCUUGCUGAUGUUGGUGAAAACAGAGGGAGGAGCCAAACACAACUUCCCGAUAGAUACUCUGACAAGCGACACUGACGGUUUGUCCUCGUAUAAACUCGUGUCUGUGCAGCUGGACUGGCCUGUUUCAGACUGUCGAACCCUUUUAUCCUCUCUUUCUGUAUGUUUUUUUCUCUUCUGUUUGCUGUCGCCUAUUAUCGCUGAUGGCUCAUACAUUUUUAAUGUCUCCAUUGGUGUGUUUUAUCAUUUUGUUCUCACUUGCUGUUGAAAAGGAAGGUUUAGCGCACACCAGGGAAAAUGUCUCCUUCCCCAAUCUGAAUGCACCAAAUCUUUGAAACAUUUUUUGCGAGGGGUGUUUAGCAUUUAUCUCUCUAUGUGUGAACUCCUCAUUUACCUCUUUUUCCUCAAGCCAAGACAUUAUGAGGAUCACCGUACAGCCUCCUGCUGCUGUGUGUGAAUAUGGGCAGGCAAAGUCUAAGAAAUUUGUCUCAGUUUAAGGAGAAACAGUUCAACAAACUACAAACUCUGACAAUUUUGUAAAUUAACUACUUAAACUUUUUUUUUAUUCAAUAUUCACCAUAGACUGUAUAUAGAAUGGACAGAGUCUGCCUCCUCGCUGGGUGAAGCCACUCGGAGAACAGCACCUUCUGAGAUUGACCCAGUAAAUAAAUGAUAUGUUGAAUGGAUUACUUGUUUGUAAAUUGAGCCAGAGUCAGUCUUUAAAUUCUUGAAUAAGUUCACCAACAUUUGUAAUAAACUCCACUUCCCUAUUGUUUCUCUUAGUUCCACUUUGUCCCAUCCCUCAGCUGACUGAGCUGCUGUUAAUGUUUCCCCCUCUGGGGAUCCUACAAACAUUCCUAGUUUUCUACCAGCGUUGUUCGGUGAACAAGGUCCCUCUUUUUGGUUCACUCCCACCGGCAGUAAUUCUUUAUCAGUUAAUCUAGUCAUUAGUAGUGAAGUAAAAUCCAGCUCCACAUAGUGACUUUAAUCACUUGGCUCAGCUCAGCUGUUAGAGCUCAGUUUCAUUCAUAUCAGAGCCAAACUCUGCAAAUGUGUAAUUUGGGAAUUAUAGUUCUUCAAAACACAAAAUCUCUUGCCAACUUCUCUCUACUGUUGUAAUGAAGAAGCCUUGAAUUAGGGAUGCAUUGAUUCAGUUUUUAAGUCUCAACCUGAUACUGAUGCCUGGGCUUUGGGCAUUCAUAUAUCAUGUAUAUAUAUCCAUCUAGAGUAUCAUUAAAUGUGACAACAGGCAAAACCAGAGCCUCAGAACUGCACCAUCUUUUCUCUCCAUCCAUGGAUCUUAUUUGUGCUUUCUAUGGUUGGGUCUCUGCAGUGAUAUCCAUUUUCCUGACAGCAGUUUCUAGCUCUUCUUUAGGGACUGUGAUGAGUUCCCAGGCCACAUGAGGUUGAUAAGCCCUCCAGCAGGUUCUGGGUUUUCAUGGUGGACACUUUUGGAAAACUCCCAAAAUAAGUGAGGAUGCAUGGUAUGGGACAAGAAUAUUUUUAAACCCAUUGAAACCAUUACUGAUAUCAGUAUUGUUCACUCAUCUUUAAAAAUUUGGCCAAUGUAGAAGUGCUGAAAACUUCCAGUUCCUGAGGACCCGACGAACUGAAGUUCUGUCUUAACUUUAGUCCGGUUCAUAGACAGCUCCCCUCAGAUUCUGAUGUAGAGUGACGUUGUUGUGGGGCGAUCACAGCUGCUGGUUAAUCACUGUUACUCCCUCUAACAAACUACAGUGUAUAACGUGCUUCCUCUCAGCUGAGUCAAUUAGAGUCUUAUGAUCCUUGCUCUAAAUAUACCACACUUAGCUACAGGGCGAACAGGCCCCCGACUACAGCUCACCAGAGACAUGAACAUUCAUUACAGCUGCAUUCCUCUGCUUUUUAGGUCUUCUGAUCCGGGCUGAUGCUCUGGACGACUCAGGUGACUAGAAUGAGUGGAUGCUUUUCCUGAAGAACUGUCUCUGAUUUAGUUGAAAGUUGAUCUUCUGUUCUGGUUUAGCAUCUUUGUCAAUGUUGACUUUUUUUGGCACAUUUUCGAAGAGUGUGAGUUUCAGGAUUUUGAUUAUGGAGUUAAUAGGAACUUUACUCUUGUAUAUAAAAUUGUGUCCGGGUUGAAAUGCUCCUCUGGUUGCAUACAAACACUGACUCUUUCUUUGUUUACUUCUGAAUGAAAGGCCAAUAUGUUUAAAAAGCCAAGCCAAACACAUUGUUAUCAUGGAGGACUGCAACAUGUCAUUUGCUCAUCUGCACUGUAUUCCAUUCAGUACUCUCUAGGUUGACACUAGUCAAUGCUGAUUAUUCACCAACAAGUUAAACCAAAGUUUCCAUAAUUCAGUCUCUUGUUUUGGCUUUGUUUUAAAUCAAUUACAUUCCUGCAGAAUGAGCAGCUGGUGAAUACACAGCAGCCUCACCUUUGUUUGCUAACUGUACCUGCAUGCAGUCAAUCUCUUCAGCAGAGAGAGAAGACCUGGACACGAACGUUCAUCUGUGAAUCUUUACACACCGGAGUGUAUCUCACAAAUGUAAUGCCAUCUGAUUAAGUGUAAUAUUAUUAUUCCAAUCAAUUUAAAUUCUUGUACCAGGCAAACAUUUAUCAAUGAUCCUGAAGCUUCAUAGCAAACCUCAGGGAGCUUUAGGGAAGCUGUUUUCAGAAGUGUAACAAAUAAAGGUCUUUCUAUACUCUCUUCUAGUGCUGGGCGAUAUGGAAAAAAAUGUAUAUCACGAUAUGGAUCAUUUUAUAUCACGAUAACGAUAUAUAUCACGAUAUAGCUAUGGUAUGCUUUCAGUUCUAUGAAAAAUUAAAGUGUAUACAGCUGCCCUAGUACAGUGCCAGUACAAGACCAGCGCUUAAAACUAGAAAAAUGAAUGGCUGAAGUGCGUUCAUGUCUGUGCUCACCCAAAGUUAUGCAACACUCACAGAAAACGCCGAUAGUGUGAGCCAAAGCACUCCAUAAUAAUAAUAAUAAUAAAUUUAAUUUGUAAUGCACUUUACAUUUACAAAAAAUCUCAAAGUGCUACAGUACACAGUAAAAAAAGAGCAGCAACAAUAAAAAAAGCAAUAGAAUGACAGUCACAGAUUGGCAUAAAAAAAGGCAUAAACGAAUAAAAAAAAUUAAGAAUAUAGAGUUGCAAUGUAAGAGGCAAGGUAGUAAAAGCAUAAAGCAUAGAGGAAAGCUAACCAAAGGCUUUAUUAAAAAGGUAAGUCUAUGGGGCUCUUCUGAAGAGGUUGUUCACACUGCUGGAUGUUUCUCCUCCAAAGCUGCUCUCUGCCUCUAUCAUUGUUUACUUUACUCUUGAAGCACGUAGCAAGAUCCGAGCAUGAAUCCGAGCGCUUUAUUCGCCUAUCAGGGGCAGACAGGUAAGGUGAUUUGAUUCGCCACGACUCCAGAAAUGAUUGAAAAACUACAGAAUGUCACAAAAUUACGUUUCCCCGCCCCUGGCUCGAAGUUGUAGAAAUGCGCAGCCGCGCUCCCAGCUGACAGGAAGUCAAACCACUGUUGUAGUUCUUUUGUGUUGCUAGCGCGGUCAAGAGUGUUGGCUCUCACUGAGACAUGACUACAAAAAUGGACGCACCUGUUCAUCUGGUUGUUUAACACGGCUGAAAAUUAUCAUCUAUUAAUGUUGUUCCCGCUCCUGCCCACUCCCGUUGCUUUUUUUCCCGUCCCGUCCCGAUCAAGGGAUUAAUAAAAAAAUGACUCCCAUCCCGUGGGAUUCCCGCGGGAAUCACGUGACCCACGGGAAUUCCCGACAAACGUCAUCCUCUACAGGGAAGGUCCCGGAGCAGAUGAAACAGGUGCCGGAGCGGCUGAAAUAGGUCCCGUAUCCGAUCAAAAGAGGUCCCGGAGCGCGCUCCGACUUGCUCCGGCACAAAUUAAGCACUGCUUACAAUGAUUUCCUCACGUGUGUAACCCAGGUAACCCGCAACGGCGGGAGACGCUGGACACGAAGAGGGCACGUAAAGCGGCGCCUUGUCGUAAAAUCGAAAGAGAAAUGCGAGCCUACAUGUCAACGCAUCCUUUUCUUUGUAAGAAAAUAUUGUUUUCUUUCCCGUUCGACACUUAAUACACUUACUGAAUGUGCAAUUAUUGUUGUUGUUACUAUGAAUCAUCUGAUGGCACAAGCCCUAUGGAUAAAAUACAGCCUAUCGUCCGAAACGAUAAAAAUAAAAAUGGCACGAUAGACAUUUUCUAUCGUGCCCACGAUAUAUAUCGUCCUAUCGCCCAGCACUACUCUCUUCUGUUAAAAACAGCACUGUAACAUAGUGGAAAGGCCAUGCUCUGUAACAGCUUUGACGCAGCAAUAGUUUGGGGUAAAAUUAAUAGGCCACAACGGAGCCCCAGUUAACUUUUUUCUUGAAGUUGUAUUUGGUCUAUUUUGAAAUGUCCUCUAAUGUUGGCAUAAGUGGUGGGAGAAAAAACUGAUUCAUAUAAGAAUCGCAAUAUUUUGUGUUACAAUUUUUAAAUCUUUUUUUUUUUUUUUAAUUUAAGAAUAUAUCUUAAAAAGUGACUUACAUGUGAUGUGUAUUUUUUGGCAAAAUAUGGUUGCUGGAAUAGUCAGUAGACAAUCAUAAUCAUUCAACUGUUUCACUGGUGAAAAAUCAACAAUCUCGUAGAAUCGCAAUUAAAUCGAAUCGGCAUCCAAAAAAUCGUAGAAGAAUUGAAUUGGGAGAAAAGCAUAUCGUCCCAGCACUAGUUUAAGUUUUUUUUAAGUUUUAAGGGAAAAAUCUUCGGUCUUUUUUCUUAUUUAUUUAUCUAACCUCAUUACUGACCCUAACGCUCUCCAGCAACAAGAAUUACAUACAUUAGUACCAAUUUUGGCCAAGAAGUUUGUUGCUUUUACAACAUCCAAGUCUUAACUUCCACAUAUAGCUAAAUUAAUUUUACAGGGAUUCUUGAGAGUCGGGACAAAACACUUCCUAAAAAACUUUUUUUGAGAAUGCACACUAUAUUGAUUAGAGUUAUUUAUUACUGUAGAGAAAGGUCUUAGCUAUUUAACCCCGUAAAGGAACAGGCUCUAAAUAAAAACAUUUUUUCUAUAAAUUAACAUGUUUCCCUUAGACAGUGGAUUUGUGUCAACUCCAUCAGACACACAAAAAAGAAUAUAAUUUUAAUAAUUCUAGUCCAACAAGAAUCUAAAGUUCUGAUGUAUGUUGUAAUAGUGUUUAGUUACUCUGAUAUGCCAUGAAAUAUAAUAUAUAAACCUAAUGUGUGAUUUCACACUAUUUUGAAAACCAAGAUUUCUAAAUAGUUGCAUUUUCAAACUUUGUUUUUAAUUUUUAUAUUAUAAAAACAAUUUCUGUAAGUAAAUAAGACACAAGAGGAUGUAGAGCCAAUGCUCCUUUAUUACUUAAACAAUAUAAACUGAAGAAACAAAUUUUUUUUUCUCCAAAAUUGAAGAAAAACAUACAUCUGACGGUGUUGACGAACACCUGACGGAGUUGACGAGAAACUGACGGAGUUGGUGACAUUGCAUAUGUUAUUGAACAAAUGUGUUUUUAAACCGAUUGACAAUAGGUCAAUAGGUGAAAAUAGAUUAAGAACUAAUAACUCCUUGUUUUCAUACUGAACAUACCGUUAAUGCAAUUAACCACCGCGCCGACAAGGCGUUUCCAAGCACAUUUUCGUAUUUUGGUGAGUUGUGCAGCCCGGCAUAAGUAUCCCCCCUCCCCUAACUCAGCUCCUUCCAGCGGCGUAGGUCAUAGGGAGGGAGGAGAGAGGGCGUUGAGUGGGUUUAACACAGCCGAGACCUGUAUUGACCAAUAACAUCAGCUCUUCUCGCCUUUGAAUCCGCCACUAGCGAGGCGUAUUACCAAUUUCGUGAAGUAGUCAAAGAGAUCAAGAGAUGUCUGAAGACAGCAAUGCCACACGAUGGCGACAAAAGGCAGCUCCUCAACAAGUGUCACUGUAAGCGCUGCAUUGGGCGUCCUCCGCACUGUCUCAUAUAAGCACAGAUGGAUUUGGUGUGUGUAAUGUUGGACCCACUGGUAAGACAAACACCCUUUUCCACAAAUAAAGACAAUCACAUUAAAUUGCAUAUAUUUAAACCUCACGUGACAAAGGUGGGUUGUGCGCAAAGGUCACAACAUAAAUUCCAAUAAUGGCAUUAAAAUCGGAACCAUCUGUGUGUAAAUCGCGCUCCGUGGCCUGGCUCUUUCUUUCAUAGAUGUUGGCAUAUAAAAUAAAUUUGGCUCACAAAACUGAUUAUUAUAAUAUUUGUAUGUAGGCUUAAAGUAAAAAACUCAUCUGAUCACUGGAACAAAUCAUCUGUUCAGCUGCCGCAGCAGCAGCUGCAGCAGGACGGGUAGAGGACACGGAGACAUGUCCAGGUUGAGCUGCGUGAGAAAUAAGAGGAAGAGGAAGCUAGAAAUGGAGUUGACGUAAGGGCAUGUAUUUUCCCUCCAAAACAUUUAUUGUACAGUGCAGCUAGCUACUUUUUUGGCAGUUGCUAGCUGUCCUGAUAAUAUCACCAAAAUACUUUAAUUGAACUCACUAUGGUUUAAAAAAAUGUAUAAUAAUGGAGAGACGGUGUUGACAUGGUCCAGCUGUGACCAUACAAAUAUUGAGAUUGUUUGUCUAAAAUAUCAAAAACUGUAAAACCUACCAGACCAUGUGUGGUGGUGUUGCAUUCACCAGAAGCAGGAAAUGAUAAGGGGUCCUCAGGGAUAUAGCUGACCAUGAUAUUGCAUGAUUUAAUGAGGUUUAUAGAAUAAUCUGAUGGAGUUGACAGAAACUUAGGACACAACUUUGAUAGGCAGAUUUUUAGGCAAAAAGCUAUUUGAUGUUCAGGCCAUUCAUUGUUAAUAUAUUUAUAGCCCUGAAUUUUUAUUUGAUGUAUAUGUUUUCACAGUUAUAGAGUUUUUUAAAGUUUUUUGGGGCUGGUCAAUAUUGUGACCUCUUGCUGAGGACACAAGCAAUAACAUGGACCUUCUAACCACAGAUGUUUCAUUUAAACAAAUAUCCCCCAAAAAAGUAAAUAUCUGUGCUAAAAAAUAGGAUUGGUAUACACAAAUCCAUUAGAUUUAACUUUUUGAGUAUGUCAAACAUUUAGAAUUUCUUAAUUGUUUUGAAUAAAUUAGACUUUUCUAUGUAGGACAUGUUUUGUCCCGACUCUCAAGAAUGGGUGUUUAUAAUUUUGGUGUGAUGUGUUUCUCCUUAAAUGUCUGAUCCAUGAGUUUUUUUUUUGGGCUCUUGCAUUCUCAGACAUAAAAAAAUGCAGACUCUAUUUCCAACCCCGACUCAACGCUCCCACACACACAAUAACAAUUUUCCCAGAAAGUCAUGCUGUGGUCAGGGCGACCCCUUGACCACACUCCCAUCACUCAGAAGUGGGUAGAAUAACACACAGACACAUCAACUCCUCUCUACGUGUAAAUGCAUUAGCUUUUAGUCUGACUCUUUCUCUCUCAGACUGAAGUGAACGUUUGUUUCUUCAGCUGAAGUACUACUCACAGUCUCACAGCCCAAACAGUUUUUUUUUUCUAUGUGUGUUUGUCUUAACGUAUGUCUCUGUCUGUUCCAGGUUUAUUGCAGUCAUCAUUAUGACUGAUGGGGAUUAUGACUACCUUAUAAAGCUCCUCGCCCUGGGGGACUCCGGAGUGGGGAAGACCACCUUCCUGUACCGAUACACAGACAACAAGUUCAACCCCAAAUUCAUCACCACAGUCGGCAUCGACUUCAGGGAAAAGAGAGUGGUGAGUUUUGAUCAGUGGAAAGAGACGGAAACGGGAUACUUGUGUUGGUUGGACGAACGUAAAGAAGACUAAUAAACAUUCAUCAUUGUAAAAAAAUAGUCAUCAACUAUUAGAUGCCUACCCCACACACAUUUGAUGCAGGCUGGGUUACCGUAGUUACCAUGUUAUUGGGCACUUUCUUUGAGUUGGCCUCUUACAGAAGAAUCUGCAGGUCAGGUCAGUUCUGUUUUUCCAGCUCCUUUUCUCCCACAGCAGCAGCAGCUCAGAUGAGUCACAAUCUUUUGAACGUGUGCAGGGAGGUCAGACCUGUGUCAGAUCCAACAACUACCUGAUGUGGAUUAUAAAACAGAGCUUUUGCCUGAUUGUAAUGAUUUGAUUCUCCUUAAACACUCCAUUCACCCGAGAUCAGUGUCAAAUGCUGGGUCUUUGGAAAGAUCUAAUAGACAUUUUUCUCUGAUGAGUACACCAUAUUUUGAAAAGGAUCAUCUUUUUUAAGGAAGCUGUCUGAUGUUAAAAAAAAAAGUAUAACAGGUGAUUAGUGCACUUCUUUUUAUCUCAAAUCCAUUGCAUCAAAACCAAAAAGAAGUCCCUAGAAUUCAAUACUUAGGUGUGUUUUUUUGUGGCAUUGCUUUUGGACAUGACCUUUGAAUAAUCUUCUUUCACAUUUAAUAAUAGUUUUUCAAACUCCAAACCAUAAAGUUGUUUCAGUCAGGGUCAAAUGAGUCAAAGAAUAUCAUUAGUUUGCUUGCAGAAAGUUAUGUUAUUUGCAGUAUGGGAGUCUCCUGUCUUUCUGCAUGUGUAUGUGGCAUGCCAAAGCUUGAGGCAGGCGAUGCAGCACAAAGAUCUCUGGGAUACAUGAAAGAGCAGGGAUCAGCGGUAGAAGUUUAAUGACUAACAAACAUUAUGGGUGAAAAAAAAUGUACCAAAAAAUCAAACUAAAGACACGCUAAACAUCUCAGACAUCUCUGUGCCUCCUUAAACUGUCUGUGUGCUCUGUUUAAACUUGAAGUUUUGUGGAGCCUCAUGACCAUAAAAACAUCCAGACACUGGAGAUGUAGUUGACUUAUCACAGAGAGUAGGCGGAGCUCGGUCAGCUGUGUGGUCUUAAACUCGGUCACCUGGGUGCCAUUCAGCUUUUGCUUGUCGGAAAUACUGACAAUGCCACUUUAAUCCCACCACAGCAGAUGACUCAUAGAAUUGAUUACUUCUUCUUUCCUUGUUUGUGUGUGUGUGUAUGUGUAUGUGUGUUUUUCGUAUGCGUAUGUGUAUGUGUAUGUAAGAGAGAAACAGAAGCUGAUGAACACACAGCUGGAGCUCAGUGCUAUUAGUGGCUCCCCCCUCAGUAUCCAGAAACUUACACUAAAUGCAAAAUCAGUCUGAUAUCAACAAGGAUUUUUUCCUAGGGCUGUAAUCAACCAAAGAAAUUCUUGGUCGACUAAAACCCUCAAUUUUUCGACCAAAAAUCGACUAAUGGGGGGUAUCUGACUGUGACGGCAAACCCUGCUGUGGCGGGGGACAACGUGGCUCAGCAGAGUACGACUUAGUGGGGUGAAAAUAUACUGAUAUCAGCACAAGAUGGCAAUUAUACACAUAUAUAUGUUCUGCAAACCACUGGCCGUUGAUGAUUAACGUGGACGCUCUUCAAUCUUCCUGUCUCCAGCCGGUCUCCAGUGGGUUGGGCGAAUCCAAAAUGGUGAAAACAAGGGGAGUGUUUUCUAAGACAGGCUGUUACCUGUGAAACAGGGGUUGCUCUGAAAACACCCCCAUUAGCACUUGGUACGUUCCUCCUGAUGACCUUAACCAUGGACUGAAAAUUGAUGCAGAAAAAAAUCGAGUCGAUCAAUCAGAUUUAUUAUUAGAGUCGGUUAAGUCUUUAUUAAAAGAGUCAGAGAAUCUGGAGAAAUCUCUGUAAAAUUAGGACUAUUGUUCUGACCAAGAAUGCUAUUUUUUCCUGCUGUCUGAUCUGCGUUUCUUGUACUGAUACACUCUCCCUCAGGAGGUAUGCAGUAUGCAGUCAGUCCAUGCGGUAUAGAUGUAUUCUUGUUAAAAUCCUUGCUGAUACCAUUUUGCGUUCUCCACAUGCUGCUUUGCAAUACAAGCAAAGGUGGAGACCAUGAAUCCAGACUGAAAUGGUCAGUGCUUUUCAAGGCCAUCUAGCAAGUCAGAUGACAGCAACUAGUGGGCGGAUGUUUCCCUUUAAAAGAACGUCAGUGAGAGUGACACUGUCUCAUGUGGGAGAGUCUGAGGUGUGAAUGACGCCCGAGGCUUCCCGCAGAGACACAAACACAACCUGCUGUAUCAGACCAGACUCCAUCAUUUCAGAGUCAGGACCACUGUCAGGUCUCCGUUAGACUGUUAGACCGACCUCAGAGCUUUUCACCACAGUGGAUUGAAGCUUCAAGAGUUUUUAUCAACCCAAUAAUCAGACAUUGUUGCUUGUGGUUUAAAAUUAAAUGCGUUUUUGUUUUUUGUACUUGCAGUAGAAUUUUGUCGCUCUUAGCUGAGAUGAGUGUCUGAUAAUUUGUCCAUCCCAUACAGAAUAAAGAAAACUACUCAGAACAACAUAAAAAGUGCCCAGUUGUUCCCUUUAUUUAUUUUUUUUUAACUGUAGUUGUUGUUGAUGUUUUUGUGUGCUUCAGGAUCAAGUCAAUCCUGUUACUUUGGUCCUGAUUUUUCCGUGUAUUGCUUUGCAGCUCUCUUAAACUGAGACUUCCUCAAAUUGAAUGUUCUGGUUUGAUACUCACAGUUAUCAGGGACAUACUUUAUGGGGGAAAUUUCACAUGCUUUCUAAAACCCUAAUGUAUAUCUCUACUAAAAUGUCACAGUAGCAAUUAAGCACUUUAAGUGAAAAGUAUGAGAAAUACAUUUUGUCUCGUAAUCCAGACAAAAUCCAGUGGGAAUUGGGAUGAUCCUGUUAAUCUGGAUCGAAGUAAACUCAAUCCUGUUCAAAAGUUCUGAACAAUCUAAAGUGAGGGUUUUGAGUUUAGACUCUUGAAACAUAGAUUUGGUGUCUGUGAUGUUAUCUGUUGGUUUAUGAAGAGGAGUUUUAAAGCCAUAACGUUUCAAAAGUUCAUCCCUUAGACCAAAAUCAUUUUUGAUACCAGGCUGUUAACGUGUUUCUUUUUAUUUUAAAACUGAGGGUGUUUAUUGAAAUUCUUUAGCUUUUGUAACCAGCCUCAGGUGGACACUGGAGGAACUGUCCUUCUUCUCUUGUGAGGGAACUAUUAUUAGAUCCACACUGAUGGCUUUAAUCCAGACAGAAAACUUAUAAUCAGCUCAGAUGAGUUACAAGCUGCAUGUUAUUAUGUCAAACUGAAGGAGGUUCAUUGUAUUCACUUUUCUUCUACUGCUUUUUUUUUACGCAGAUAUAAAAAAACAGUGUCGUUUCUUUCUCCUCAGGUGUACACACAGACCAACCCCAAUGGGACCACUACGGGGAAAACCUUUAAAGUUCAUCUUCAGCUUUGGGACACAGCUGGACAGGAGAGGUGGGCGCGUUCAUCACACUGCAGAUAUUACAUUUAUUAUAUUUCAUAAUGGUUACAAGAAAAGCCUGUCAUGUGACUCCUCUGCUGAGCAGCUUCGAGGUGUGUUAAAUCUGGGGGAGUGAGACAAAAAGGAGCCGACCAGUUCUCACAGCACCUGGAGAGGCUGAAAUAAAGCUGACCCCUCACUGUGCAAAGACGGCUCAUUAAAGUGUCAUUAAAUCGAACAUGGCCCAGUCGCCACCGCCAUCAAUGGUGUUUCUAUCUAAAAGUACCCCUAAGUGUGUCCAUGUUAUAAUUAGCAAUUCUUUUUUUUUUUCUCAGCAAGGUCUACAAUCAAUAGUUUCACUCUCUCUACGCCUCCAUGUAUGAAUGGCUUGAAGUGGAAACAAUGCUUUCUUUGUUGAUAAGCGAUGACUUUUAAUUUUCCUUCAUGCGGUCGAACAGCAACACCUUUUACAUCCUCAUUCAGCUCAAAACCUUGCGCAAAACGGCAAAUCAGAAAUCUGAUCCCUGGAAAAAACAAAUGAAUAGCAAUGCUGAAAAGGAGACCAGUGUCUGCCGUGCUGCGUUUGUGUGUUUCCAUGCGUCCUCCUCCUUGUGUGGCAUCCAUCAAUCAUGUGUGAGUGUGUGUCGGUGUGUGUGGACGUCAAUAUAAACUGGCCUUGAUCCUUUGAAUCAGUUUUCCAAAGGUCUGAUGACUCACCGCCGGAUGAGUCAGUGUUUGUUACAUAAUUUAAACUUCACUUUUAAAAAUGCAGGGUGACGGCACUAAUUCCUGUUAUCAUAAACUAAUCCUCUUCAUCCUUUAAUCAGUCAUGAUGCAAACUGUAUGAUCGAUUUAUGGGCCUGCGUGUCGUGGAAACACCCCUGACGUGCCACCCCACACUCUUUCUUCCAGUGUCCUUUUCUCCUCUCCAUAUAACGGCGUAAAAGCCUGAGAAGAUGAAUUCAGAAUUAAAAUUGUCGACAUUGAAACUGGCAUGCAUACACACUUUUUUUUAAUAAUGUUUGUAUGUGCACCAGGUUCCGCAGCCUGACAACGGCGUUCUUCAGGGACGCCAUGGGGUUCCUGCUGAUGUUCGAUCUCACCAGCCAGCAGAGCUUCCUCAACGUCAGAAACUGGAUGAGUAUGUUGCGAUCAUCACACUGCUCUCUGCCUUUGCAUUGGUUUUUUUUAUAUACAAUUUACAAUCUAAAACUUAAAACUACAGGGAACCACAGAAGUCCAAUAAGGUUUUAUCCUGACCAGACUGCUUUGUGAAUAAAUGCGUAUUGGAUAGAUGUUGUCUUUGUUACCAGUCAGCACCAUUUGUUAGUCAAACAAAUGAUUAAAUUUCUUGGUAUUGUAGACCAAAGUUUUAAGUCAUAUGUUGCAUUUGAGCCAUCUGCCACUAGUUGGAGGUGAGGCUCUGGUUGAUAAUAGUUUCCAAGAUACUACGAUGCUUAUUUCCAGCACAGAUAACAGAUGGCAUCUUAUUGCCCAUCUCAGUUUGUCUCACACUACUUUGUCAGUAUUUGGUGUUAAAGUUGUCAACACUUAACUUGACCAGCUUCUGUCUUUUUGGGUGAAUCAGAACUUCUGUCUAAUUCGGAGCAUACCUUGUGGUCAAGGUUCCAAUGAUUCCAUAUCCAACUGAAUGUAUUUAGCGUAGUGUGAUAGUGGUCAGCCAAUCACACUUUUCAAUAGGCAAUACCAAUGAUCACAGAACACACCAACACAUGAGCAUAACCUAAUAUAUGGUUAUCAUAGCUAGCAGUAGAUGGGUUUUAGAGUUAUGAUAUAGAUAUCAGACCGUGACAUUUGGAUGUCAAAGACUUUAUCACUUUAUAAAUAACAGUAGAAUAAACAUCAAACCAUUGCCAGUGACAAGGUUUGAUCUUCUAUUCUUCAGACUAACAGAAUGCGUAACCAUUGACGAUGAUGUUUAUGUUGCCCAACCUCAGCUAUACUGAUGAGGCUGCCUGCAUGAGACAGAAGACGGACAGAAUUUCUUUAUUUUUAACGGCCUUUAUGAGUCCAGAUUUUUGCCAACUGCCUGUUAUGUCCAAAGAUGAAUAAUCAGCCGUGGUAUUUUUCUGCAGAUGAACAGUCAAUGAUGAAUCAGAGAUGUGUAAUUCAUAAUCACCUGUAUUCACAACCCUAACCAGUAUGAUUCAGGUUUCAUUGUUUUUGAAACUGUGAACAUUUUGACUUAAACUUGGCACACGGCAGCAGGACUGUUCCUGAUGAAAGUUAUACGGUAAAAGCGUGAAGUAAAACCAGUAAAACACUGGACGCACUUUUCAUUGUCACACUCUGCUUUCAAAAGAUCCAGUUUUUGAUCAUAUGACAUUUGCAUACGUUUUACAUUUUUGAUAAAGGUGUUUACUCAUUUCCAGGCCAGCUACAGGCCAAUGCUUACUGUGAGAACCCAGAUAUCGUGUUGGUGGGAAACAAGGCAGACCUGGCCGACCAGAGGGAGGUUCAGGAGAAACAGGCCAAGGAGCUUGCUGACAAAUACGGGUAAGUUUGUUUCUUUUGAACACUUGAGCUGCUUUGAGAGCAUAUUCUUGACUGACAUCUCACCUGCUUUCAUCAUUAUCUCAGUUUACACCGUCUUAACAAUUUCUCGGCACAUUGCUUCCUGUUAGACAAGGUUGCAUAUUUUACCUGGUGUCUUUCCAGCUGGCUAAGCAGGCCCAACCUUGCUUUUUCUAAUGUCGCCUGGCAACAAAAAUCUUUUCCAGGAAGUAAAUAACGCCAUCUUAAACUCUAAAAAACUGGGGAAAUACCAUGUGUGUUUGAACAGUUCAUGAAAAAUGUCAGUCUGUUUCUAGGAUGAGCACCGGUGGAGACUUGAGUGUAUUCAAACCCUAUUUCUGCACAUUUCUUUAGUUGUGAAAACAGACAGACAGUAACAGGGUUUAUGGUUCAAUAGCAUCUGUAUCUGAAUGUGUUCUUCUCACAGGAUCCCAUACUUUGAGACGAGUGCAGCGACAGGUGCAGAGGUGGACAAGUCAGUGAUCACACUGUUGGACCUGGUGAUGAAGAGGAUGGAGCAAUGUGUCGACAAACCACCAGCCGAUUCAGCCAAUGGGAACGGGGCCACAAAGCUCACUGAUUCACAGUCCAGUGAGAAGAAAUGUGCAUGCUAGAUCAGGAGGCGAUUCAGGAAAACUACCAGUCAGCCCUCCUUUGUUGUCACUCCUUUUUACACUAAACAGUCCCUUUUUCUUUUUGUUUCAUCAUCCUCUUUGUUUGCACAUUUCCCCCCGCUCUCUGUCUCCUCUCUGAAACUAACUUUGAACCAUCUUCUGCUCCUCGUUCUCUCAUCCAUGUUUUCUUAUCUCUCCCUAAACUGUCCACCUGUCUCACAUUGAAGCAGCUGUGUCUCCCUCUAUUGGAUAUUUAAGGUAUUACAUCUACUGCCCGUCUGCCUUUCAGCUCUUAAAGAGGGAAAUUAAAACAGCAGAGCAGACAGAUUCAUCACUGUCAGAAAAAUAAUGUGCCUCAUUAAAACACGCAGCCUGGGAAUUCAGCUCCGCUCACAGAUGGUUUGAGUGAUUUAAAGUGAUCCAAACAGGCUCUAAGAGUGUUAGAAUCCUUAAUUUAAAAUCCUUAACAUCACAUCUGCACAGAAUGGAAAGGAUUUCACGUGGUGUUCAGGCUGUCACAGGAUGACAGGAUUAUUGAGUCUGUAAGGAGUUUAAGGUCUAAACUUUUCCUCUGAGAUCAGGCUGACCAAAUGUCUGACCAAUCUGUGUGUGUGUGUAUCUCCCUGUUUCACAUAAUUUCAGAUGCUGCCUCUAAUUUUGUAACACAUGCUGGAGGCAUUUUUGUCUAGUUAACAGAUAAGGUGAAGAAGUUUGAGUCCAAAAGGGCAAAAAGAUCUUUUUUUUAAUUGUGUACGGUAAAGGUUUGAUGUUAGAUUUCACAUUCCUGGUUGAACAUUUUUGUUUCAGAUUAUUAUUUGAUUAUUUUCAACAAAUGCAGAUAUGUUUGGUCGAUAACUUUCUAGCCUAUGUUAUAUCUUAUAUUGGUAAAAGUAAGUCAAAGUAAAUAUCAAAGCAGAAAAGGGUGACUAAACUGUCUCUUAACAUCCUGAUUUAGAAAAGUAACACACUCUAAUGAAUACAUCAGUUCAGGUAUGACAAUCUGAAGUAUUACAUGUGGUUAAUUUGGACUAACACUCGCUGAAGGUGUUGCUCAUUUUGUAAAAAUUAAAAUAAAGGUGGAAAAACAAAAAAAAGGUAACUCUAGCAUCCAAAGCUAGCAUUCACGAGUGCAUCCUAGCUAACAGAGAGAGACAAUGCUUAGCAGUGUUUACAGUGGCGAGAAGAAGAUUUUCAACGCAACUAGUUUAGUCAAAAUAGCAAUUAAAAUUAAAAUUUCAUAACAAGUUUAAAGGUCAGAAAACAGUCCAGAUCCGUCUCAAUUUAUUAAACUCUGGAUCACAGAGUCUGUUGAAAAACUGUGUUUGAAGAGUGCGGCUAACGUCAGUCCCCCCUGCAGGCUAAUGCCCACAUACCUGUGCUGGUUACAUCCCAGUAUCCCAGUGUCAUCAGCCAACGCAGAAUUUUAGCUCCGUUUAGUUGAUUAAUAUACUGCCAAAUCACAUCGCACUACAAGAUGCCAUCUGUCGUCUGUACUUGUUUACAUCCAUUUCGUAGAGCGUAGCAUCCCAGCAGCAGACAUUAACUGGAGCUGCAGCCUCAGCAGGUUGCAGGAGGUGUUAAUUUCAGGCCUACGCUUAUAAUAACAUUAACAAUGUGUAGAGCAGUAAUUUUGGUGCCGGUUUGUGACAUUAAAUAGUAAAGUCAUUUCAAGAAGAUAUUUUUAUAGACUCUUACAAAGACAAACCAGUGGAAAAAGAAAAAACAUAUCUCCAUUCUUUUUGUGCUACUCAUUUUACUGAACUGCAAGUUAAUAAAGUUUUGCUAAUAAUAUUUGAACUCUAUCUCUUGAUAUAACUUUUGAUGCAACAUUUCAAUAAUAUAUGUUGAGUUUGGCCAAUUUCCUCUACCGGCCAAAGCUUUACUGGUGUCUCUUUAGAUGACAUGUUAAAGAUUAAAAACAGGAUUGUAGAACAGAGUCUGGAUAUCUCUCAUUAGAUUUAUGAAUUGGAAAACUUUAAGCGCUUCAUUUUGAACCCUGAACAGAUCAAGAAACACUAAAGCACUUCACUAGCUCCCUGGUAGUUCACAAAUAGGAUUGUAAUGAUUAUACCAGACUUGUCUAAUUUCCGAUUUGGAGAUAGUUUCAGAUUCAUAUCAUCAGACAAAUGUAGGUACAGCAUUACAAGUGUGCAAUGGAGGAAAAAACCUACAAGGUGUUUCAUUCAUGGCAUGUCAUAAACCACUGAUCCACCACCUUGGCUUGUAAAGUGUUAUUCCAUUGUGGUGAAACAGACUGUAUGGAAAUCUGAGAUAAAUCAGCUUAGACGUUGGAUGUCCCCAGUACACCUGGUCACUGCAAAUAGGAAAGAUUUGCAUAAAAGAAACUGUCUGUCUGUAACUUUAGAGAUAACGGCAGUCAUACAAAUAGAACCGCCUACUUUAAAUUAGUCAAAAUGCAGGUUGCCAGUGUAUGAGUAGAGCAGGACAGCUGACAUUUAAAUAGACAAAAUGACUCAAGACCUCAAAUAGAAAAACACAAGGUGUACAGGCUGAUAGUAGAUCAUCAACUCUCAUUUCUUUAAGACAGACAACAAGACAGGAAAUAUCACUUUAAGCCCCAUAUAUGAGCAAUGUUGAUAACAUAGGCAGUGACCAGUUAUUUAUAUUUAAAGAAAUGUAUUACAUGAGUUAUUAAUUGUGUUGUCAUAUUAUUUUAGUUGUAUUCUUAAUAUCUAUUGUUUAGAGAACAUUUAUUCUCACCUUUAUUUACUCUCAUUAUGUUAUUUUUCAUUGCUGCGUGCUCUUUAUUCAAGUGUCAAAGUGUCUGUUCAAGAAAAGUAUUCUUUAAAAACACUGAAAGAUGUACAGAAGAAGUCGAUAAAGACGUUUACUCCUCCCCGAAAACCGUGUACAAAAUCUUACACUCAGCCCAACAGACAGGGAGAGUCAUUGCUAGCUUCUUGUGCCGGUUUGUGGUUUUUAUUUGCGUGUUGGGGGGUCUUGAAAUGUGGUGCAGUGAGGCAAAUUUUGCUUGUUGCCAUAUUGAGGCAUCAAGAAUCACCAGAAACCUGCUCUUCAUUUCCUUAACCAGUAGGCCCUUAAGAGUGUCGAUGCACCUCCAGAGGUGUUUCCAGGCGGCACAUGAAGUACAUGUACAGCAACAUGUCUCCUGACAGCACAAUCCAGCUUUCAGUGUUGUGUUCAGUCAGACAUGCUUCACGUCAGGGAGUCUCGGUGAACUCCUGCUGCUUUUUUCCGAUGGUCUGCUGUAGAGCUUUCACCGUGUAAAUAAGCAGAUCUGUUUCUUAGCAGAAGAGACAUUUGCUUCUUUAGCUCAUUGAAUUUAUAGAAAGCAAAGCACCUAAUGCGGAGCGCCCAGCUUUUAAAGGGAAAGUAAUGGGACAUAAAACUGAGGGUCGAUUAAUGAAGUUGCACCCUAAACACACUCACAGAUAAGAGACUUGUUACAGCAUCUUUAUCUCUUGCACUUUUGUUUUCAUCAGUAAAAUUGUUAAAGUUUAGUUUACAAGCCUUCCAGCAGGACAAGCUUUAGAUUUUUUUUAAAUAGUGCCCCUAAGGUACCUUUGGACCAACAUUUCAUCAGACUGGCAUCAUCCUAUUUUGUCCCUUUGAAUCAGACCGUCAGAAUGACAGUUUUUCUGCAUAAACCCUAUUAAUUUAAUCAUAUUUCCUCUUACUUUAAUGUGAUUCGCCCUAUAUUGAAAUUCCAAGCUUGAGCAAAGCAAAACAUCAGUUUUUGAUGCCCAACAGAAAUGUGUUUAUUCAAAACGGCAAAAUGUCAGUGUUAAAUCCAAGACGCUCAAUAGUUUCCCUGAUGUCAAGUUAAACCUUGAUUUGUCUAACUUCAUAAAACAUCUUAAGCCAAUUUGAGAAUCCUUCAGUUUACCUGACAGUCUCAAUUCAGAGCUGCUGCAGAUAACUUGGAUAGCAAUUAAGUUACAAUUUAGAUUCCCAGUAUUUGCUUAUAAGCCAUUUUUCAGUUCAGUAUUGUGCUGUCUGGAUGGUGGAAAAACAGAUAUAUGUUGAGGUGUCAUAGAGCUUUGGUUUCACCUGACCUACGUUUGGUCUGCCAGUGUGCCAAAUGAAAAAGGUAACUACACAAACAAGUGUCCGUUUUCCACAAAGCUGAAGCUCAUCCUGCCUGCAUCCACACUUAGAAUGUGUUUUUAUUGUGUGUUUGUUUUUGUUGAACAGCCAAGCACAGUCCUCUGCCAACAGCUGAUCUCAGUGCCAUAUUAAACACCCACUGCUGUUAAUUUGCUGCUGCUGAUGAAACAAGGAGAUGGCUCACACCGUAACACUCUUUGCCAGUCACUUAUUUGCACAGAACUGGAUAAGGUUCCCUAAAAAGUCUGUAUUAUAAAGUUUGGUUUCAUGGUUUCUCAAUUAAUGGCCCGCUCAUUUAUUUCCCCUCUGCAUUGUUAUCAUUAGUUUGGUUGUAUGCCUUCUUAUAAUGCAAAUUUUAUAUCUAACUCUAAAGUUAUGAAAGCAUACAAAUAAGUAUGCCACGUUGGAGGUCUCCUUAAUACUGAAAAAUGUGAGUUUAGUAUUUCCAAUCAUCUUUGCUCCAUUUUGGUCACCAGGUAGUCUACUUUUUCCAGACUGAAAGAGGGGUUGAGUAGACUUAUCCAAUGACCGAAAAUUGGUGUCUUCUCUAUUAUAUGGUUUAUAGCUGUUAUCAACAGAGAAGUAAAAUAUCUCACAAAAGUAUUCAAACUUCGUUUUAUGUACAAAGCAGUAGCAAACUGGAGUUGUUAUAUAGCUAGCGUAAUGAAGAGCCAGUUUGGACUUCCUCAGAGCAGAACUAGAAGUUUAGAAAUCAAGAGGUUUCGUUGGGUGGCAGCCAGAUGGAAUGGAUCAGUAGAACAAGGUCGGCCUUUAACAGAGGAAAUCUGGAUUUGUGUUCCUUUCAUGACAAAAGUUAUUCUGGGUCACUUUUUUCAACCACACAGUUCAAAACUCAGUCCAAAGAGACAUCUUUAUGCUGUUGUACUGCUGGUCUAAAAGGCUAAGCCCUUCUAGUGUAGGUGAGUUGUUAGGUUGCUGUUACCAGACUGGGAAUCUACCAACUCACCAAGCACAAAGAAUACUAGAGACUUCACAAGGAAUUAGGACAACAGCCUCAUUAUUGACUGCUUUUCUAGUACUAAGAUCAUCGGCGUUCUCUUGGCCUGCAGAGGCGGAUCUCUCUGACCCUGCUCACCAGUAAGUUUCAAGGUGCAGAAGCCUUUUGGAUGUGAGAUGAAAUGUCUUUCAUCAAGUCCUUUAACUCUUUGGACUGAGCUUUGAAUAACCAGGAUGAACACUUGAUUUUUUUUGUCAAUUUGCCAUUGGAGCCAAAUGAAAGCCUCAGCACAAUCCUGACAUUUGGUGGAGUAAGAGCACAUUAGAUAUUCAUUUAAGACUCGUGCAUUAUUUUGACAUGAUGUCUUGAAUACCUUUGUUUUCAGUUAUCUUGCAACUAUUUCUUUGAAGAAAUACUUUGGGGUGAAAUACAGUAAAACUCAAGUCGUAGUUGAAUGAAUCAUUGAAAGAAUUUUGCUUUGAAAAAAAGAUGAAAACCCUAAAUUUAACCCUCAAGACUUGCCUUAAAGCCCAGAUUACGAGACAAAGAAACAGAAAGAGCUUUUAUACAAGCGCUGAGACAGUUUUUCAAUAUUCAAAACUUUGUCUCAAUUUUGAAUUAUCCAUUAUGCCCAUUAUCCUAUCAUCUUGAAACAACGCCUCUCAUCUGCGUCUUUGUCAUUGUGCUGCGAUCGUUUUAAAGGUGGGGUAGGCAGGACCUGAGGAAGUGCCAGUUUUGGGGGAGAAACCUUGAAUGUAAACUCUACCCCUCCCAACCAGUUUUCCCCUCAGCUCCUCCUCUCCCCUCUGUCUCUGCUCCAGCAAGCCCCGCCCACAAACAGACACUCCUGCUCACUCGUAUCAUUUCAAUUAAAUUCAGAUAUAAUGCAGAUAAAUACUAAAGAUAAUUACAAAUGAGGCCCAGUCAACGUGAAAGUAAAAAGCAUUGGUGCUACUGUAGAUGACAACAGACUACCAGCAAACACGAUGUUUGCAGGACUUCUACAACUAGGAUAAAGUGACAUACUCCAGGACCCGAGAUAAACAGUUUAGCGGCGCCACAACACGCAGCAGGUCCCGUUUGACAAGAAACACUUCUGUUACACUUGGCUUACUUUGUUAAAGCGGUUUACCUGUCCAGCAGAAAGGCUACAGGGUCGGUAAAAUCCUGACGCGUUCCCCAUCAUUUAUGCUAUGUUGACCCGGCUUUUUAGCUCUUACCCAGCUUUUUAAGCGCCCGUUAUUCCACCAGAGUCUCCGGUAUUUACUUCUUUUUCUUGCUUGUGUUGGCAGUCGUGGUCAAAGGAGGAUUCAGACAAUUUUCUGUACUUUCUGGUUGGUUUCUACUGUCUGAUAUUGGAGCACGCUAACUUUGUUUGGGCUCCUGAACGACUUGGGGGAGCAGCGUCUGCCUCACAACCAUAGACUGUAUAUAGAAUGGACAGAGUCUGCCUCCUCGCUGGGUGAAGCCACUCCGAGAACAGCACCCUCUGUUGAUGGGCUGCUGUAUAGGUCAUAAAUCCUGCCUCCGCCAGCAAAGCUUAUGGAGCUGAGGACAAACUUUAGAAAUUUAUUACACAGAACAUAAAUUUUUCUCCCCCCUGCUUGUGAUGUUGACGUGUAGUUACAGUAAGACUGGUUUGUGCUCAAGUCCUCUUUCUUUCUGUGAAGCUCUGUUUUUAAAAGUAAUUUGGGGGUUCAUGUUUUCUAUGAUUAACACCUGAUGCAGCCUAUUGGCGUUCAGGGAUUGCGUAGCUCACCCGGGGGGAUACGCUGUUUGAGCCGAGCGUCAUCACAGGGACUCUCGGCAACUCUCCCACCGAAUGCGCACAACGCUACUGCGCAAUGUUGGUUUCAGGAAAUGAAGAAAAAUCGCAGAAAUACCGAGAGCUUUUUGGCUUCAAAUCCAUAUACAGGUGGGAGGCGGAACCAAGUUGUCCAUAGUAUAUACAGUCUGUGCUCACAACCAAUCAGCACUAAGGAGCAGCGUCUGUCUCACAACCAAUCAGGUUGGGGGAGGCGGAGAAUGGCUUUGUUUACAGUCAGAAAAAGCGGGCUGCUCUAGAAUUUUAAAAUGUUGACUACACAGACACAACAAAAUACAGCGAUAUCGUAAUAUUACCAAAUGUCAUCAAUAACUAAUAGCUAUUGACUGAUAUUAAAAGCUUUUUUGUUAAUACACCACAAAAAAAGACGCUUCUUUAACGGAUUCUUGCCUACCCCCCCUUUAACUCUGUUUUUAUUUAGAGUUUCAGACUGUGUUCAUCCUCUGAUGCCUUUUUGCUUGUUCAUUUGUACUUCACAUUCACUGUCACUUCAUUCAUUGUCUCUUUCCUCAACUAUGUUUUCCUUCAGCAGUCUGAAAUUACUUUUUGUAGUUUUUGAAGUCACUCAGAAAGUUUACAUGAUUUGGAGAGUCAUGUCGUGCCUGUUCUCAACUCUUUUGUCUGAUCCUCUGUAAAGUUUGUGAGCUACUAAAUAUUUUAUCGCAUUAUUGAUUAUGGAUUUUAAAGCAGAGGCAAAAGAGACCUGAAAUCACAAUGUUGUUUUUGUGGCAGAUAUAUAACAAAAUAAUGACUCAAUCCAAGUACCUCUAAGAGCUUUUAUUUUUGGAAAUCCUCUUUGUGUGAACUUCUGAUGCCUGCAGUUUGUACUCGUUUUUCCUCGGUUUCACUGUGUGUAUCGAUGCUUGUGUGUUUGUUGCACCGUCAGCAUGUUUGACACAACGAGAAUGAAAUGACCUGCAAUGUGUUCAAUGUUUCUAAUGUCAGAGCUGCAAAUAAAGUUGUGUUUGUUUUAUCUGGUUUCUUUCAUUUGUUAUUCCAUGUUUUCUUUGAGUCUGUGCAGAAAGUUACAGUUGGGUGGUUUUACCAGAUUAAGAAUUAAAAUCAGUGGUUUCUUUAAAUUGUUUGUCGUGCCCACCCAAUCAAAAUAUGGGGAAUAUCUUAAUAUAUAUUAGGUCAGAAUAAAAAAUACCACAAUAUCUGUACCUUCUGAUCGGGUGGGCAGCCAUUUUCCAGUCAACAGAAGUAUCCACGAAUCAUCAGCGAGACGCAGACAGCAGACAGAAACUAACAUUUCAAGCGGUGAUGUUUCUAAAAAACUAAAUAGCGAAAAAUAAAAGUCUACUCGGACAAACACGGUUCUCUACACACAGUCACUUUCUCUGUGAACUCGGCAAGAUGUCCCUAAUACACCUUUCAUCGGGCGUUUAGUCCCAUUAGUCCCAUAAGGACUGUCACGGUAUACCAGUAUUGAUGAUAACUGUUUUAUAUAGAAUAAAAAUAUAAAGUAUAUAUCGAUAUUGUGCUAAAAAUAAUACCUGGGGUGCAGAAUGGUCAUGUACACCGUGAUAAAACAGACACAAAACAGACUGCUUGCAAGCUGACUGAAGCAGCUCUUUGAGAGAUGAAAAGACACUUUAAAAGAUAAUAUUCAGGAUUGAUUGUGAAACCCAAAACAGCUUGUGAGCAUUUACCUGUACAGGUUAUUAAUGAACCAACACUUAUAUUUCCUGACUGCCCAUUCAACAGUUGAGAGAAGAGCCGUCAAGCAAUAACAUUUUUGCAGAGAAAAAUACUCAUUCAAGAAUUUGUUUUUUUUCUUUGCAAUUUGUUUUUUUUUUAAGUAUAGCAAGGAGCCAGGGGUUUUUCAGACAUACAGGACAUAAUAAACAAACCAAACACUUUCAAAGAUAAUGUUCAAGAUUGAUCAUAAAUCCCAAAACAGUAUGUGAGCUUUUAACUUAACAGGUUCUUAAUGAACCAAUUUUUUACAAUUCCUGACUGCCCAUUCAACAGUUGAGAGAAGAGUCCAUUUGUAUAGAGAAAAAUAAAGAUUUAAGGUUUUUUUUUUUGUUUUUUUGCAAUUCUUUUGCAUUUUUUUCCAAGUUUUUAUUUUUAUUUUUUGCAUUUUUUUUUUUUUUAAGUAAAACAAGAAGCCAGGGUUUUUCAGUCUGGCCUCUGCCUCUUGUAUUGCUGGCAAUGUUUGGGAGUCAUGGCCUUUUUACACCCGAAAACAUGUUUAGAACUAAAACCAAACUGUCAUCUGUCAAUUCUUGUUUUUUUUUUUUGUUUGUUUUGGGGUUUUUUGUUUGUUUGUUUGUUUUGUUUUUUUUUGAAUGUCACAAAACCCUCCUCCUUAAUCCGGGCUUGGGACCGGCAAAAAUGUCCCAAUUGAGACAUUUUGGCGGAGUUAAAAAUUUUAUUUUAUUUUUUUUAUUUUUAUUUUUUUUUUAAUUGAUUAAUUUAAUUUAUUUUUUAAUUGAUUAAUUUAAUUUAUUUUUUAAUUUUAUUAAUUUAAUUUAUUUUUAAUUGAUUAAUUUAAUUUUUUUUUAAUUUUAUUAAUUUAAUUUAUUUUUUAAUUGAUUAAUUUAAUUUUUUUUAAUUGAUUAAUUUGUAUAUUUUUAAAAUUUAUUUAUUUUUUUAUUUUUUCUUUAUUUAUUUUAUUUUUUUUUUAUUUUUUGCUUUUUUUUCUUGCAAAAUUGUUUUAUUGUUUUGUUUUGUUCUUUUUUGCAAUUUUUUUUUUUUAACAAAGUUCUUUUUUUACUUUUUUUUUUUUUUUUUUUUUUUAUUGCAUUUUUUUUUUUUUUUUUAGUUAGGCAAGGAGCCAGGGAUUUUCAAUCCUGCCUCUGCCUCUGCCUCUUGUAUUGGCGGCGAUGUUUGGGAGUCACACUCUUUUUGAACCUCCUCCACAGAGAGAUGGCCUCCAUCUCAGGUGUUUCUGUGAUGACCUCAGGUGUUGUUGAGAUCAUCUCAGCUGUCUCCUUGACUGUAGUGGGAUCAUCUCCUUCACUGUCCACGGGAGCGCUGUCCAGUUCAGGGAAGGGUUCUCUGAUAACCUCACAGAUGACAUCGCUUGUCUCCUCCUGAUCUUCAAGUUUGGAUGUCUCUUGUAGCAGAUCAUCCACUGUGGUCUUCGGGAUAUCCUUUUCUUCCUCCAUUCUCUCAUCCAGCUGCAGUUCUUGUUUGUUUUUCUCAAGAAGCUGGUGCUUGGCCUCCUCCAGCUGGUUGCUCAAAGAUGAUACAAUGUCAUUGAGCUCUUGGAUCUUCUCCGUAUUUUUGGAUCCCUCCAUAGCCCUGCUGUAUGCAUCUUCUUGCAGUUUCUUCACCUGUUCUUCCAGAGAAAGUUUCUCAGCAUUCAGCUUCUCAACUUGCUCCGUGUCCUUACUGGUCUUCUCUUCAAACAUACUCCUCAUUUCCUCCUGUUCUUGUUGGAGGGUAGAGGCCCUCUGUCUUUCAUCAUCACGCUUCUUUUUCAGAGAUGCGACCUGAUCUUGAAGUUCUUGCACUCCAGCCAUGUCUUGUACAUCAUCAGCCUUCUCCUCCAAACUGAAAGGCGCUGUUGUCGUCUCACCGAUGUAGCGCUUUUUUAGCUCUGCCAUUUCUUGCUCCAUGGCUUUAUUGGUGGCCUCCUGUGCCUUCAGCAAAGUCAUCACACCCUGCAUCUGAAGGACUCGUCUUUGGUUAGCACGGGCAAGGUCCCAUUUAGUCAAUUUGCCAAUGUCCUCAUCCUUCAGGGUUAUCGGUGUCUCCUUUUCAAUGAUUAUGUCAUUUUGUGCAGAAAUCACACGGAUGAGCUCCUCUUUGGUUUUAUUGGAGUAAUAACCCAUGUUCAUCUGCAAAUAGACAUUCUCACAGCCUUCGCAUCUCUCUAGCCUCGCCUUAUGCUGCAGUUCUCGAAUUUCGCCCUUGAGGGCCUCAAUUCUUUCUUGCUGCAUUUUCCUCACACCCCUCUCCCUUGUCAGCCGCAAACUCAGACUUUCAAUUUGGUCCCACGAAGUUGGCGUCCAUAGGGGAGGGCUUGCCUCCUGUUGGCGAAACCUCAUGUCUCCUUGUGAGGGGGCCUGGUGGAUCACCUGGCGGCCUCCUUG